AUGGAUCUUGAAAAUGACAAGCAGCAAACUGAGGAAAAACUCAAGAAGUUCGUCUUUUUCAUUAAUAAUUGUGUUUCUUUUGUUUCAAGACAUAUUUGUCGAGAGCUGUUUGACUAAAGUCAUUUCAUUUUCUAUUGUAAACACACAGGAAGGACUUUGAAAUAAACCAACUUCAAUCAAAGAUAGAAGAUGAGCAGUCACUGGGAUCUCAGUUGCAAAAGAAGAUCAAGGAACUUCAGGUAUGUUUGUGCAAGUAAAUUACAUUGAACUUUACGACAACAUUUAAUUCUGGUGUUCUCGGCUCGUAUUGAAGAACUUGAGGAGGAAAUUAAGGAAGAACGUGCAGCUCGGGCCAAGGUUGAGAAACGGAGGGCUGAUCUCUCCAGAGAACUUGAAGAGACCAGUGAGAGGCUUGAAGAGGCCAGAGGUGCUACCUCUGCUCAAAUUGAGCUGAACAAGAAGCGUGAAGCUGAGUUCCAGAAGCUUAGACAUGACUUGGAGUAAGCUACCCUUCAAAAUGAAGCUACUUCCUCUGCCCUGCGCAAGAAGCAUGCCGACAGUGUUGCUGAACUUGGGGAACAAAUUGAUAACCUACAACGUGUUAAGCAGAAGCUAGAGAAAGAAGAGUGAGUUGAAAAUGGAGAUUGAUGAUCUUGCCAGCAAUCUUGAAAAUGUCUCCAAAUCAAAUGUAAGUAAGUGGUUAGUUGUGAACACUUUUAUUCUUACUGAUCUAUAAUUGUGCAGACUAUAAUAUUACUAAUUAUCCUUCUAGGCCAACCUUGAAAAAGUGAACCGUGUGCUUGAAGACCAACUCAGUGAAGUGAAGGCAAAGGAUGAUGAACAUCAACGUCUUCUCAACGACCUCACUGCCCAAAGGGCUCGGUUUCAAACUGAGAAUGGUAUGUAGAACAAUAAAUGGAAGGACAUUGAAAGAUUUUGAAGCAAACCAAAUCCAAAUGAGUUAAUUCAAUUAAUACCGAAUUGUUCCAUAUUGCAAACCAAACUGCAUAAUUAGAGCCAAAAUAGGGAAUUUGGCAAUAUUCUCCAAGUUCAUGGAAAAAGCCCUACAAUAAUAAAAGGAGAAAUAUAGAAAAUUAUACCUUACACUAAGAGUAGGUACAGUAAUGCACGCCAUACUAUAUCCAUAUUUCCUUAUGGAUGUUUUACAAAGGACACAUGAGAUACACAUGUUGCCUAAGUAUAUCUCAUAAAGCCUAAAACUAAAAUGGAAAUGCAAUAAAAAAAAUUGAAUUCCUAUAUUUACAUACAUCAAUUUACCUAAAAACUUAAAAUUGCAUUUAUUUCUGAUUCAUUCUAGGUGAGCUUACCCAUCAGGUUGAAGAGAAGGAAUCUCUAAUUUCACAGCUCUCAAGAGGAAAGCAAGGCUUUACACAACAAGUGGAGGAACUCAAGAGACGACUUGAGGAGGAAUCAAAGGUAAACCAUCUUAGAACUAUUAGGGCUUCUGAAUAUCAGUGUUUACUAAUCUUCGUUUAUUUCUAUAGGAUAUUGUAUUAAAAGUGUAAUUUAGUAAUUCGAACAAUAUAUAAAAAUUUGACAUGCUACAUUACACUACAAAUAUUAUAUUAUUUUCUUCAACAUGAAUAUACCAUUGCAUAUAUUUUUACAUAUUUCCAAAUACAUGUUUCCCCCUUAUAUUUCAGGCUAAGAAUGCCCUGGCUCAUGCCCUCCAGUCCUCCCGCCAUGACAACGACUUGCUCCGUGAGCAAUUUGAGGAGGAACAAGAAGCCAAGGCUGAACUUCAGCGCUCUUUGUCCAAAGCAAAUGGUGAAGUUGCUCAAUGGAGGACCAAAUACGAAACUGAAGCCAUUCAGUGUACAGAGGAACUGGAAGAGGCCAAGUAUGUUCCCACUUAAUAAAAACAAUUUAAGCAAUGUUAUCACAUUUUGAAUAAUGUCCUUAUAUUAUACCUUCAAUGUCCUUCCAGGAAGAAGCUUGCUCUGCGCUUGCAGGAUGCUGAGGAACAGGUAGAGGCUGUAAACUCUAAAUGUUCCUCUCUGGAAAAGACCAAGCAGAGGCUACAGUCUGAGGUAGAGGACCUAAUGGUGGAUGUUGAGAAAGCCAACAGUGCUGCAGCUGCUCUAGACAAGAAGCAGAGGAACUUCGACAAGGUAGAUAUUAAAAAAAGAAAAUCCUAAUUUCCAUAACACAAAAAAAAGUACAAUAUUUACAAAUUAUCAUUCUGUAUCAAUAUGAUAGAUCCUGGUAGAAUGGAAAAAUAAAUACGAAGAGGGUCAAGCUGAGCUGGAGGCUGCUCAGAAAGAAUCCCGUGGCCUGAGCACCGUUAUAUCUUCAAGCUGAAGAAUGCUUAUGAGGAGGCCUUGGAACAAGUUGAGACCUUGAAACGCGAAAACAAGAACUUGCAACAUAGGUGUAUCUAUAUUACAUUGGUUGCAGGAGACAUUGCUAACUUUUCAAUAAUUCUAUAACUUAAUUUAAGCAUAUUUCCAGUAUUAGCAUUAGUAUAGCUGUACAGAUGGUAAGGUCCAUUUCUGCAAAUGACAGUAAUAUAUUGAGAUUAUAUAAUUUUAUGUGUCAGAUGGGACCUUCAUGUCUCCUACAUCUCUUUCUAUAUUAUUUUCUUUCUUCUAUAGCACUUGUGUCACAACAGAUCUCAACUUUACACAUGUUAGUACUGCUGAACAAUAAACUUAAAUACAAAGUCUGAAUAAAUAUUUGUCCAUUACUUUUCUAGAGGAGAUCUCAUAUCUCACUGAACAGAUCAGUGAAUCUACUAAAUCCACUAACGAGCUGGAGAAGGCCAAGAAGCAAGUUGAGCAGCACAAGAGCGAUCUACAGGCUGCCCUAGAGGAAGCAGAGGUAUGUGCCUAAAAUAAAUGAGUAAAAUAUCUGCAACCAAUAUUGCUGUGUAAAGGGAUACCUUUAAACAACCAAAUAUAUAUAUAUAUAUUUUUAAUAGGGAUAUUUGGAACAUGAAGAAGCCAAGAUCCUCAGUUUUCAGCUGGAAUUGAACCAGAUAAAAUCUGAGGUGGACAGGAAAGUUGCAGAGAAGGAUGAAGAAAUUGAACAGCUGAAGAGGAACGCUCAGAGAGCUGUCGAUACCCUGCAAAGCACGCUGUACUCUGAGAUCAGAAGCAGGAAUGAUGCUCUGUUACUGAAGAAGAAGAUGGAAGGAGACUUGAAUGACCUUGAAAUCCAGCUCAGCCAUGCCAACUGCCAGGCUUCAGAGGCACAGAAACAGCUCUGCAAUGUGCAGGCACAAUUGAAGGUAUCUCAGGACCACCUCACACAACAAUAUUAAUAUGUAUUAUUUUUGCACUAAUGUUAGAGCUGUUAGUUCUUAAAAUGAGAUAUUUAGAAUAUUGUCCAUAAUCUUUCAAAAGAUACUCAGCUUCAGCUGGAUGAUGCAGUCAGAGGACAGGAAGAUCUGAAUUAACAGGUGGCUGUGAUUGAACGUAGAACCAACCUGCUGCAGGCUGAACUUGAAGAGCACAGGUCUGCUCUGGAACAGACAGAGAGAUCUCGGAAGGCUGCAGAACAAGAGCUCCUGGAUGUAAGUGAACGCGUCCAGCUUCUGCACUCACAGGUAAAGUACAUAGAAUGGAAACAAAUUAAAUGUUCAUUGAUAGAAUGUGUGUAAAUAGAUUAAAUACACUAUUCUUCUUCACUUAAGAACACCAGCCUCAUUAAUACCAAGAAGAAGCUUGAGUCUGACAUUGCUCAACUCCAGAACGAAGCUGAGGAAGCUGUCCAAGAAUCAAGAAAUGCUGAUGACAAAGCCAAGAAGGCCAUCACCGUUGUAUGUUUUGUCCAAAGUUUGCACUUUAUGCUUUGAUUGUUUUUGCUUGUUUGUUUGUUUGUUUUGCUUUGUUAUUCACUGUGUGCUUGAAUUUUUUUUUCCAAAGGCUGCUCUGAUGGCAGAGGAACUGAAGAAGGAGCAGGACACCAGCUCUCACUUGGAGAGAAUGAAGAAGAACCUUGAGCAAACUGUGAAGGAUCUGCAGCAUCGUCUGGAUGAAGCUGAGCAGCUAGCACUGAAGGGCGGCAAGAAGCAGCUCCAAAAGCUUGAGUCCAGAGUAUGUACAAAUCACAGGACUGUGAUGAAUAAGGUUGAAUUUAGAAAUUACAAAUGAAUAAUCUGUAUUCUGUUAAUGUGAUCUCCAGGUUCGAGAACUAGAGAACGAAUUGGAUAAUGAACAGAAGCGUGAAGUUGAGGCAGUUAAAGGUGUCCGCAAAUACGAGAGGAGAGUGAAGGAGCUAACUUACCAGGUAAAGUAGUCUUCUUGUGUAUUAAUCUUAAAUAUUAAAAAGGCACUGGUCAAAAAUAAAAUAUAUUUAAGUGUAGAUUUAAUAUAUUACUAAAAGCAAAUAAAAUUACUUAAAAAAAAUAAUGCCAUAAUCUCCAGUAGACUCUGCAAAAAAUCUUAUCUCCUCUUUCAGACCGAAGAAGACAGGAAAAAUGUCCUGAGAUUGCAGGAUCUGGUGGAAAAACUGCAGCUGAAAGUAAAGGCCUACAAGAUACAGGCUGAAGAAUCUGUAAGUACAAACCCAAUGAGUUCUUGUUUGUAGCCGUCAAAAGUCCAGUUAGAAUACACUGAUCCUCAUAGGUUUAUAAACGUUGCUGUUAGUCAUUCCUCAUGUAUUCUUGUCCAUUCUUGUGUGUCAGGAGGAGCAGACCAACGCUCAUUUGAGUCGGUUCAGAAAGGUCCAACAUGAGCUGGAGGAAGCCGAGGAGAGAGCCGACAUUGCCGAAUCUCAAGUGAACAAACUCAGAGCUAAAAGCCGUGACGUCAGCACCAAGGUAAGACAUUAUUGCAGGUCCUCACUUUAUAACGUUCCUUCCUAUCAUUACAUUCUUCAUGGAAUGCAAGCUUAUCUUCCACAUCUGUAUCCAUUUAUUGACAUUUGUUGUUAAGUUGAUUAUUGUAACACAAUGGACUAGUCAUGUAGUGCUAUACUAUAAUUUGGGUCAUUUUAUUGUUGUGAUGUAAUGGAGAAGUUGCUGCUUACAUUUGUUCAGUGCAAUAGAUACUCACUAAUAUAUUUAUUGUGUGUUUUGCAGAAAGAGAGUGAAGAAUGAAAAACCAUGAAUGAAGGAAGAGGGGAAAAUUGCAAAAUAUAAAAUCUUUUUCAAAUCAAAUUUCAUCUUUUGGAUCUCAUCCCCACACUACCUAUAAUAUAUUCCUAAAUAAAUUAGAUAUUUGAAGAUUGUAAAUUUCUGCUUGUUUAGUUGUAUUUAAUUCUGUCUUUUAGACCGAACACCAUACAUUUACAAUUCAGACAACACAGACCAGUGGCAGCUCUAGACUUUGCAAAGCCUUAGGCGAAACUCAAACAUGAGGUCCCCACUAACACAAUUAGUCAAAAAAUUGAAGAUAAUGCUAGCUUUAGUGUACUAAUAAUCUUAAUUUUAAUAAGGACAUUAGGCGAGUAUUUUGCAUAAACCAAUCACAAAACAGUAGGAGGUAUAGUAUUCCCAAUGAACAUUGCAGACGGACAAAGUUUAAACAAUUCUGAAUUAAAGCCAGUCUUGGGUCUGUAACAGGAGAAUCAAUCCAAACGAAUUAGGAUAAUCCAUGGGGAGCGUAGGAUAAACUUGGGAUAAUCCACAUAGAGGUAAUCGUAGGUCCAAGUGAAAUUACGCUGAAACGAGAACGUGGAAUAGGUUAGGUACUAGUCGUAAGACCAUGAAAAACAUGGAAGGCAUCUGGCUAGACUAUUUUAGUCAGACUAUAAUGACAGUAUACUAUUAAUCGAUACUUCUCUCCCUACGGUACAACAAGGUAUAAGUAUCAUGACCUACGAGAGAUACACAAUAUACGUUGGAUAUUCGGAAUGAUGAAGAGAGAGAUAGAAAAGCUAGCUUCAUAAAGGAGGAUAGGGGAAUCUGAAGAAGGAGCAGCAUAGAUAUACUUGAAGACUGAAAGGGGUGGGUAUGGGUGGGAAAAUACUCGCCUCUUGUCCUUAUUAAAAUUAAGAUUAUUAGUACACUAAAGCUAGCAUAAUCUUCAAUUUUGUUACAUGACAGGAGGCUUCGUAUUUUGCAUUUUUCACGCUGAUGUAACAAGGAAAACGCAGCGCAGGAGUUCGGUCUAAAGUAGAAGGUCCAAAAAGUGGAUUCGUGGGACCAGUCAGCCGUGCGAAGGACGUCUGAUAGUGAUGCUCCAGCUGCGUAGGCCGAAGAAGCAGCCGCGCCUCUCACCGAAUGAGCCCCGAAAGUGGCAUCCACGCCUGCCAGUGACAAAAUCCAACGUACCCGUCUAGCGAGGGUAGUAGAGGAAACUGGAUUGUGUGGCUUGACGUAGGAAAUCAGAAGUUGGCCGGAGGAAGUCGGGUGGAGAGAGGUGGUAGUUUGAGGUUCUGUGACGAAAAAAGGGGUAAAAAAUGGUGGUGGAGUUCGAUUUGGUGUGUCAGGAGAUAUGGAAGGUGACUCGAAAAGGCAUCGACUUCAAAGGCCCUAACGUCGGAUACCCGGCGAAAUGAGACUAGGCAGAGUAAAAUCGUCAUCUUGGCCGAAAGUUGGCGGAGCGAAAGUCUGUCAUUAGUAGCAUAAUCUCGUACCCGGAGCCCAUGAAUCCCAUAAGAGGUCUCUAGCAGUCUGCGAUAGUUCGCUGACUUGCCAGGUGCCCCAGAAAGAGCCCAAGCCACCAGGGAGAAUCUCUCUUCCAGCAUUAGCGGGUGAGGGUUCCCUUUCAUGUCCGUGAGGAGAGUCGGUUGGGAUGGCAGCAAGAGCGGGUCUGCGUAAGAUAGUGCUAGAAGAUCCGGGAACCAUGGUUGACUCUGCCAUAGGGGGGUAAUUAGGAGCAGAGAAAUCUGGUGUACCUUCAGAUAAUGGAGAGUCCUCGCUAUCAUAGCGAAUGGGGGAAAUGCGUAGGUGCCGAAGGGCGGCCAGGUCUGUAGGAAAGCAUCCACUGCUUUGCAUUCCGGGUCCGGGAGCCAGCUGAAGAAGUAUGGGGUUUGUCUGUUGUUGCGGGACGUGAAGAGAUCCAGAUGGAAGGGUCCUCUCAUUUGCGAGAGGACAGUGAAUAUCUCUGGGUCCAGCAUCCAAUCGCUGCCAUCUCUCCAAUGGUGAGAGAACCAGUCGGCUGUGAGAUUCAUCUCCCUGGUAGGUAUUCCGCCUUGAGGGAGAUGUUGCGUGGAAGGCAGAAGUCGAACACUUCUUUCAUGAGUUCGGAUAGGAGUCGCGAGCAAGCUCCGCUUAGGCGAUUGACAUAGCGGACGGCCGAGAUGUUGUCCAUCCUGAGGAGAAUGCAACAAUCGUAUUUGUCCCUUGCCAGGCUGCAUAUGGCGAAGGAACCCACCAGGAGUUCGAGACAGUUGAUAUGCAGGUUGAGUUCCUGUGAGGUCCAGUCUCCUCCCUCGCUCGUGGCUCCCCAGCUCCAAAGGCUUGCGUCCGAUUCCAGCAUGAAAUCUGGGGUUUUGCCGAAUUUAGCACGUUUGUUCCAGGCCUGCAUGCUGUCCAGCCACCAUUGAAGUUCCUCCCUGACCUCUGCCAUAAUCGGUACUGGUUGGUCGUAGGUGGGAUUUCGGCGGAGGAAGGAUGCCUUGAGGCGUUGCAUCGCCCUGUAGUGGAGUGGUUCAAUUCCUUUAGGAAUGAGUUUCCAAAUAAUUUUCCCUGUGCCAGAGGUCCGAGUUCUUUGGUGCCCAAUUCCACCAACUUCCCAUCUAUGCGGAGAAGUGCUGCCUUACGCCUCUCAGGUGAGAGGGCCACAUUUGCAUUUCCAAGGAAACAGAAACCGCGUUGAGCCCAUUCGUGUAUAUCGUGUGCCCAUUCCCUGACCAUGUCGGCAUCGAAUUGGUCUGCUCGUUGGAAGGCAUCGUCUGCCAGGUGAUGCGGGAGAGGGGUCCGGAGGUAUCUAGUAGCUUGUCUUGGACUCCUUUGAAUCCCCUAUCCACCCUGCGGUGGGGGUUGUGACCACCACUACUCAUGAAGGUAGUGAUUACCUGGUCAAAUUUAGGUGUCAGGGCUACUUGAUCUGGUAGGGAAGGGCGGGGGCAUUCCGACUUCAGUCGGUUGCUGACUACCUUGUCCAUAGGUUUACGCAGCCAUAGGUGCAUAAACAUAGCGAGGUGUUCCGGAGGUGUCCAGUCUGUCGAGCGAGGGUGUCUGAUGUUACGUGGGUCAAAGAGUGUCUGGCCCACAGGGUCCAGAAUAGCCUCGUCCUGUAUCAGGGAGGCGUCCCCCGUCCCUUGCCAUUCAGCAGCGAAUGAAUCUGAAUCCCCUGUAUGAAAGGGUUUAGAUUCUGAGCCUCAGGCGUCAUCAUCGGAUUGAGAUGCGUUAGCUUGCCAUUCAUCCAGUAUGGCCAUAGUGUCAUCAAUAUCUUCCUCCUUCUCUGAGGAGAACACUUGGAGAGGGGCAGGGGUAACGGCGGCCGCCGUUUUGCUUUUCUUAGCAGGGUGUUUGCCCUUGCUUGGUUUGGGGUCCUUCUCCCUUUUCCAGUGGCGUUUGGUAGCCUGGGUGUCGUCCUUGGUCUGGGUUUCAGAGUCCUCAGACUCAGUAUCGUGGCGUGUGCAGCGUGGAUUGGAUGGCCUUCUCCAUAGAAGCGGCCACAGCUGCAUUUACCAUGGACUGAAAGUCCACUGGAGUAGGUUGAGAUUCUUCCAUGAUGUAGGCAAGGACUUGGCCCCUUAUAAGAGGGCAGUUGAGGCAGGGGUCAAUAGUAGGAGAGGAUCCUACAGUAGUUAUGGUACCAGCAGUACCAGAUAUAACCCCAGCAGGGUAAUGUUCCGAGAAUAGGACCAGCAGUACUAAUGACCCUAGCAGGGUAGAAUAGCUCAGGAACAAUAAGUACCAGCCGUACUGUAUAUAUAUAUAUAUAUAUAUUUAUAUAUAUAUAUAUAUAUAUAUAUAUACAGUUGCAAGAAAAAGUAUGUGAACCCUUUGGAAUGAUAUGGAUUUCUGCACAAAUUGGUCAUAAAAUGUGAUCUGAUCAUCAUCUAAGUCACAACAAUAGACAAUCACAGUCUGCUUAAACUAAUAACACACAAAGAAUGAAAUGUUGCCAUGUUUUUAUUGAACACACCAUGUAAACAUUCACAGUGCAGGUGGAAAAAGUAUGUGAACCCUUGGAUUUAAUAACUGGUUGAACCUCCUUUGGCAGCAAUAACUUCAACCAAACGUUUCCUGUAGUUGCAGAUCAGACGUGCACAACGGUCAGGAGUAAUUCUUGACCAUUCCUCUUUACAGAGCUGUUUCAGUUCAGCAAUAUUCUUGGGAUGUCUGGUGUGAAUCGCUUUCUUGAGGUCAUGCCACAGCAUCUAAAUCGGGUUGAGGUCAGGACUCUGACUGGGCCACUUCAGAAGGCGUAUUUUCUUCUGUUUAAGCCAUUCUGUUCUUGAUUUACUUCUAUGCUUUGGUCAUUGUCCUGUUGCAACACCCAUCUUCUGUUGAGCUUCAGCUGGUAGACAGAUGGCCUUAAGUUCUGCUGCAAAAUGUCUUGAUAAACUUGGGAAUUCAUUUUUCCUUCGAUGAUAGCAAUCCGUCCAGGCCCUGACGCAGCAAAGCAGCCCCAAACCAUGAUGCCCCCACCACCAUACUUCACAGUUGGGAUGAGGUUUUGAUGUUGGUGUGCUGUGCCUUUUUUUCGCCACACAUAGUGUUGUGUGUUUCUUCCAAACAACUUAACUUUGGUUUCAUCUGUCCACAGAAUAUUUUGCCAGUACUGCUGUGGAACAUCCAGGUGCUCUUGUGCAAACUGUAAACGUGCAGCAAUGUUUUGUUUGGACAGCAGUGGCUUCCUCUGUGGUAUCCUCCCAUGAAAUCCAUUCUUGUUUAGUGUUUUACGUAUUGUAGAUUCGCUAACAGGGAUGUUAGCAUUUGCCAGUGACUUUUGUAAGUCUUUAGCUGACACUCUAGGAUUCUUCUUCACCUCAUUGAGCAGUCUGUGCUGUGCUCUUGCAGUUAUCUUUACAGGACGGCCACUCCUAGGGAGAGUAGCAGCAGUGCUGAACUUUCUCCAUUUAUAGACAAUUUGUCUUACCGUGGACUGAUGAACAGCAAGGCUUUUGGAGAUACUUUUAUAACCCUUUCCAGCUUUAUGCAAGUCAACAAUUCUUAAUCGUAGGUCUUCUGAGAGCUCUUUUGUGCGAGGCAUCAUUCACAUCAGACAAUGCUUCUUGUGAAAAGCAAACCCAGAACUGGUGUGUGUUUUUUAUAGGGCAGGGCAGCUGUAACCAACACCUCCAAUCUCAUCUCAUUGAUUGGACUCCAGUUGGCUGACAUCUCACUCCAAUUAGCUCUUGGAGAUGCCAUUAGUCUAGGGGUUCACAUACUUUUUCCACCUGCACUGUGAAUGUUUACAUGGUGUGUUCAAUAAAAACAUGGCAACAUUUCAUUCUUUGUGUUUUAUUAGUUUAAGCAGACUGUGAUUGUCUAUUGUUGUGACUUAGAUGAUGAUCAGAUCACAUUUUAUGACCAAUUUGUGCAGAAAUCCAUAUCAUUCCAAAGGGUUCACAUACUUUUUCUUGCAACUGUAUAUAUAUAUAUAUAUUUAUCACCCCAGCAGAGUGUAAAUAAUGUAUUGGGAUUUUAGUCUGGGUAGCACCCAGUAUGCAGAGAUUGCAACAGUAGAGCUCUGAUAGGCAGCACCUUUAUGGGGCCUCACCCCAGAGUGCACAGGGUAUUGAGCCCUAUAGUGCACAUAUCCCCCAGCAGUAGCAGAGACUGUCUGAAGAGACCCCUGCCUGGAUGAGGAUAAUGGGGGUGGAAAGUUGAAUCUGAAACAGUAAGGGGAUAUAAGUGACCAAUUGGUUGUGGUACAGAUAAAUAAACAUAAGGUAGAUAUGGAAGCAAGGACAUAAAGAAGAAAUGCUUACCUUGGUUGUUGUAAUGAAUGAAGUAUCGAAAGGCACUGUGCAGAGGAGAAAUGCGGCUGUAGACCUCCAGAACUGAGGCAGACCGAGUGGGUGAUGCCACAAGAAUUAAAGUAAUUUACCAAAUAGUAAAGUUACAGAUAAGAAAACAGUGUCAUAGAAAUUUUCCCAGCACAUUCUAUAAUCCUUUGCAUAUAUAUUGUCACAUAUGUGUUUUCCCAUGUAUUGUAUAUGUAUGUGUAUAAUAUAUAUGUUGCUUGCUACUUUACCUUUGCAUUGCCCAUAGCAUACCAUCCUCACAUUGCAGACAUAGACACACACACACCAAUACACCAACACAUAUCUACACUGAUACAUGAACAUGCACACACACACACACACACACACACACACAAACACACUGAUGCACAGAGAGGCAAAUAUUGAGUAAUACAGGCAUUAAGUCACAUUGUGUAUUUAUCUGGCUGUGUGUAUCUCUGAGUGUGUCUUGCAUUGUCUACCUGUGUAUGUGCCUGAGAGUGUGUGUCUGACAGUGAGUAUCCUUGUAAGUUAAUGUAUGUUUAUGUGAGCAUGUGUAUGUUUCUGUCUGGGCUGUAUGUGUGUGGGUUAGCUGCUUGCUGUGUUUUGUAUAUAUGGGGGGGGAUUGGCUGAGGCCUCUGUGCACUGAGUUUAUGGUGCUGCUAUGUUUUAUGACUGUAUGAUGGUUGUCUUGAGGGGGUGACUGUGACAUGAUGGAUAAAAGGGUAACCAUGGCACGGUGAAUGUGACAGGGCAAGUGGAUGAGAGGCUGACAGUGGGGGGGAACAGUGUAUUGGAGACUGGCUUUGGCGGGAGGUGGGCUAGAUCUCCAUGGUAACCCGCAGCAACCAUCUGGCAGCUCAUGAGAUCUCUAUCACAUGACCUGCCACUCUGCACCCGGUGGAGCUGCAGCCUGAAGGUGAUGGGUGUACUCCCUCAAUGGGCAGACUGAGAGGAGUGGCCUCGCAUCAGGCGGCAUACAGGGCAAACCACUGAGCCCUAUCCUGUGUCUGGACUAAGGACCUGACAAGCCAGUCUGCCGUAAGGUGAGUUAGACAGCCACGAUGUCCAAGCCAGCGCAAAGCCUUAGGUGGCCGCCUAACUCGCCCAAUUAGAGAGCCCCAUGCUGGUGAGUGUGGCAGAGCGAGAGGAGGUUAGUGUGACAUGGUUGGAGGGAUUGAGUGUGGUUGGAUCAGGAUGUGGCAGGGUGACAGUGUGUGUAGGGGAUAGUGACAGUGUAUGGAGGGGUGACAGAGUGUUAAGGUGUUUACAGAAGUUGGAGGGGGUGACAGUGUGUGUGGGGUGUGACAAUGUGUGUGGACGGGGUGAAAAUGUGUGUGGGGAGGGUGACAGUGUGUGGAGGGAUGACAGAUUAUGGAGGGAGUGAGUGUUUGUGGAGGGGUGUGACAGCCUGUGUGGAGGGGGUGACAGUGUUGAUCAAUUUCAUGUUGGUCCAGUGGUAUCCCUCUGUUAGGGGGCCCCAUGGAGCCACCUUAUUGCCUAAUUAUCGCCUCUAACACAGAAAUAUAUAAAAAUAUUAGCCACAACAAUAUUACCUGAUUAAAAAAGCAAUAAAUACAACAUUGCAAAUUUAGAAAAGGGAAUAGCGGUGAGUUUUUUAAAUUUUAUUUAUUUUUUAUAGACCUUUUCUAUACCUUCUAGAUUUCAGUCCCAGAUGAUGUCUUCCUUAGUCAGAAAGGAUGACAAAGGAUUAAUUAUAAAGUCUUCUAGGCUAGAAUAAUUUCCUAAUCUCACUUACACUGUCAAAGCUUUCCUUUCCUUUAAAUUCUCCCUCUUCUAUCCUCUCCGUUCCCCUUACUUUUCACUUUACUUUGCUUGUACAUUUAUACAAAAGCAUACAACAUUAGACAUUACUAACAUAGUUGCUUACGAACAAAAGAAGAGGAGAGAGAAAGAGAGAGAGAAGAAAUUUGCUCAGAACAUUGUUAGUUUUUAAUCCAAAUUUCGAUAUCAGGGCUAUUUUUCCCUAAAUUAUAUUUUAGGUCUGCCUCCAUUUUCAGUUGGAACUUUUAGAUUUUUAUUAAAUAUAGUCAAGUCAAAAUGUAACAAAAAUACUUCUGUAGUGAGGGGUGGCCAUAUUUCAGCGAUCUUCUGAAUCUGACGGUGCAAAUUUUUCCAAAAUAAGAAAAUUGAAGAACAAUACCACCAUCUAUGCAAUAAAUCGCCUCUUCCUGACUUGCAUCUUCAGCAAAUCGCUGAGGAAAUUUGAUUCAUUUUGGCCAGCAGACUAGGGACUAAGUAGAAUCCAAUUGAAAUCUUUAGUUCCAUUAGAUUUAAGCAGUUAACGGUUUUCAUGACUGUAUCCAUUCUACUGUUGAAAUUUUUCUAUUAAGAACUCUUUUCCAUAUUUUAAAAACCGCAAAAGUUUGAGGUGAAUCAGAGUUUCUCAGUAGGUUAGUGCAUUUUCUUAAAAUAUUGUCCAUUUCAUUACCCAUCAUAAGUCUUUCUAGAAUGCCAUAAACGUUAAAAUUCUCUUUCGGAAAGCAAAUAUUCAAGAAUCUUUUGAUUCUUAUAUAAUUAAAAUAUUCACUACGGGAGGCGGAGCCUAACUGUCAAUGGAGUAGGACGUGUGUUUCCUCAGCUCUCUCACCCCGGGCACAAAAUCUGCAUCCAUCAGCCUCCACCAAGGUGCCAAAAAGCGACGAAACUACCCACAGACAACAACCACACUCACCCACAUGGGGGGCUCCAAAAAGAAAAAGGAUUCAACCCCGUCAGUAGCCACGAUGUUCCGCGCAAAAGAAGACAGGCAGCCAUCUUGGGCCCAAAGCCAGGAAAACUCUGGCUCAGACUCGGAAGAGAGCGAGCACGAGAGCACCCACGCGACACCCCUCACUAAAGAAGUCCUUCGGAAAAUGCUGAAAGAAACUUCGGCGGACAUCAAGGCCUAUACCACUGCAGCCCUUGAAAAACAAAUAGCAGGCCUCAAAGGCGACAUUGAGGCGCUGGCCUCACGCACCAGUGACACCGAACGCACGCUCAAAGAAAUGCAAACACAGGCGGCGGACCACGGCAGGGACAUGGGGAUACUAAAAGAUAGAAUCCUAUUUCUGGAGGACGGAAUGGAAGACCUAAAUAAUAGAUCCCGGCGGCAAAACAUACGUAUAAGAGGCCUAGCAGAAUCUGUCAUGCCGGAGGCUAUACUCCCCACCAUCACAGCAAUAUUCCAGUCCCUGCUGCCGGACAACCCAGGGCAAAACAUCUAUAUCGAAAGAGCCCACAGGGCACUGAGACCCCCCUUCCCCAACUCAAACACACCAAGGGAUGUCAUCGUUAAAUUGCUACACUUCCCGGUAAAAGAGCAGCUCAUGAAGGCAGCAAGGGAUCGUCCACCAGUCUACCAGGGGCAACAGCUUCAAUUCUACCAGGACUUGGCCCCCUCAACGCUAAGAAAACGGCGGGAUCUGAAGCCCCUAACUACAGCUCUGCUUGAGGCCGGCUGGUGCUACACCUGGGGGCACCCCUUUCGAAUUACGGUUAAAAAAGGGGACCAAACUCCGCCGAAGUGAGUCCCGCGCAAACAUGGCGCGCACGCAGCCGAAGAAGAAAGCCCCGACGGCCUCGCAAGAGCACCCACACAGGGACACCUGAACGGCAGCGCUCGAUGCGCACAGGACUCUACCAUAAACCAUCCCUGAAUUUCGGCAUUUACGCCAAAAACCGGGUAAACGGACGCUAAAAACCACUGCACAGCCGGUAGUAUAUAUGUUGUUACAUGAUGUUACGCCCCAAUAUGGGGUUAAUGAUUUGUUACUGUUUAUGUUAGACCAGUUCAGUAAGUUUGCCACUACAGGGACCACCUAAGGCUCGGGGGGAUGGGGGGGAGGUGGGCACCACCCCUGCAAAACGCAGAGCAGCAAACCCACUUAGGGAGCCGUCAAAGGACUAGACCCCAACACUGUGACCAGAGCACUUACACCCUAAAAGAAUAGCCGGAUAGCCGGAAAUAUGCACCUCUAGUAUGAAGUCACACUGAUAGGUACCAGACAAGGCUAAAACGCUGAAAGGCACACAAACGCAGGGUACACUUUCCAAACAACAAGACCAGCACCCGCAAAAUGCAGGGCAAACACCCCCCUAAACCAAACACCAAAAGCUAACCACACCAAUGAACUUCAGCAGCAACCCCGCAUCAAGCACAAGAUGCGCAGACUACCGAGAACAGCUAGCACACACUACGCUCUGUUAUGCAGACGAGCAAACCAGAGACAGAUAGACAGAACAAAAAAACCUCACAGAAUACACCUGAGACGCAGAGGGCACUGAAUCCUACAAGCAGGGGAGCGCUGGGUAUCGGACAGAGGGCACGGGACACAAUGCAAAACCAACCCCCACAAAAUACCCACCCGAAGCCCGGACUCUCAUAACACACCACAGACUAGCGGGAGCCACAACACAGGCACAUACAUGAAACCCAGACUAAACAUCAGAGAUUAAGUCCAGGCCCUGCAAACGACACUCGCUAACAACCACCGAUGCCCAGAGGGUCCCAAGCCCUAAAGGCAGAAAAGGGAGGGGGUCUCACAGCCAAACGCAACGUUAGGAAACCUUACACCACACCAACCAGAGUUUAAGGCUCAAGACUACACUCCCAAAAUGAAAACAGGGGGUAACCGAGAAGGGCACGAAAAACCCCACUAAACAGUGGAAACCCAUAGCAAUAGCUAAACCCGGAACACAACACGCACAAACCAUACCCGGGGAACACAGGGGCCAGAAAGAUGGGGGACAAAGGGAGCCGUCGCAUGUCAUUAGCACACACAGAGCGAGGCCCCCCAUCGCAACCCAAACUGACCUAACACACCCACCCUGGGCACACGAUGAAAGGCCACCAAGAGCCAAGGUUACAUUUGAAGUUCAUGGAUGUUGGAUAACAUGUUGUUUAUUUCUGUUAAAGUUACGACACAAGUGUCCCAUCACCUCCCCAAACGAAUCCUGGCAGCCUGACGACAGAACACCAGCCCACAUACUGGACCACAAGGGCCAACAGACGCGGACAGGUUAGUCAACAAUACCCACCAGCCUCGACUACAAACACGCCACAACGCAUGCAAACACACAAGCAUCAAACUGCCGCAAUACAACCACACACAAGACGACCAACACCAGAAGAAUAAAGACAAGCACCGAAAUCUACCACGAACAAAACCCCACAAUCAGACACUAGCAUAACAGAUCCCACACCGGACAACUCAACAGCACACAAACAAACGCAAAAGCCCCAGAUCUACAUCAAGCAUACAAACCCUAGCAACAACCAGGUACCAACACAGAGCAAAACCACAUAAAACCCCUCCAAAUGCACCACACCCACGGAGCAGACACCACACACCCGGGGUAGAAGAGAGAGCGUCACACAGUCACUCCACUUUCCUCCCCACAAACUCCAACGACCACAUACCACUAUCCACAUUUGAAACACACCAAAACAUAUAAGCACCCACACUCCAACACACACUAAACUUGACCACCUUCGAACGCGACUCACACCGCCCACCAGACGCCUGGCAACUGACCUGUAAGACCAGGCCCCACCUGACACCCCACCUACCAGUUAUACUGGUACAACCCCUCCCACAUCACACACACACCUCCUCACAUCGGCACUUCUCGCCAUCACCCCACCCCAACCCCCCCACCCUACCUACAACUCCCCCACAUACCACACACUAAAGCAACCCCACACAAGAAGACAACGCGUACGCAAAGGCCAGCGUCGCACCAACCAGCAUGCCAGCCACUCUGACCUGCCUAUCAAUCAACUGCAAAGGACUGAACAGUCCCGCAAAAAGACACCAGCUUAUGAGAUGGGCAAAUAGAACUAAAGCAGACGUACUCCUCUUGCAGGAAACACACUUCAAUCAAACCAAACAGUUUCCCCUCCUGAGCCGACACUAUAAAAUAAAUCACUUCGCCAGCUCUCCACAAGAGAAACAUAACGGGGUAGCCAUCGUUCUACGGAAAUCAUGCCCCCUCUCCAUACAGCGGACGGUAGCGGACCCACAAGGCCGAUUCCUCACAGUCGCAGGCAAGAUAGGCACACACUCCUACGCCUUCACCACUCUAUACGCGCCAAACACCCCAACUAGCUCAUUCUGGCACACAAUACAAGCACACCUAGCUCUCUUUCCCUCCCACCACUCCAUAAUAGGCGGCGACUUUAAUGCUACCCCAUCACCCACGGUAGACAGCCGAUCGCAUCCACAUAGGCAAAGAAGACAAGCAACAGCGAAAGCUGACAAACUCUUUUCGGCAUUCAUCUCCCGCACACGCCUCAUAGAUGCAUGGAGAGCUCAGAACCCCACAACCCUAGACUACACCUUCUUUUCGCACCCACACCAAUCACACUCCCGUAUAGAUCUUUUUCUCAUAUCACCAUCACUGGCGCCUAUGACCAAAAACACAUCAAUAGGCCCCAUCACAUGGUCGGACCAUGCUGAAAUAACACUGACCAUUAACCUGCCAGGAACGGCGAGACCCUGGACAUGGCGCCUAAACCCACACCUCCUACACAACCCACUAAUCAGACAAACGAUUGACAAAGCCAUAACAGAAUACUUCCAAACCAACAAAGGCACGGCAACCUCCGAAGGGAACCUAUGGGCAGCACACAAAGCUGUAAUCAGGGGAGCCUUAAUCAACCAAGCAACGAUACACAAAAAAAAGCAGAUGGCCCACCUUGAACAAACACUGCAGACCCUAAGAACCCUGGAGGCAAAACAUAAAAUAGAUCCAACACAAGAGCUCAACGAGCAAAUCAUAACAUGCCAAAACAAGAUUAAAGAAUACAUGGCGAAAGAUUCGACCAAAGCGUUACUCUGGACAAAACAGCUAUAUUACGACAAGGCUAACAAAGCUGACACGUUACUCGCCCGCAGACUCAAACAACGAAGCAGGGCUCGAGUCCUGCAGGAACGCGUGGGAACGGCGUUCCUGCACUUUUUUCACAGCAGGAACGCCGUUCCCCCUGCAGGCACUCAGGUGGCGGCAAAAAAUGCCGCCCCCAAAUGCCCUGUGUUCCCCCUGUCAUGGGGGGCCACCUGAUGGAUUGCCCCCCCCCCCCCGACGACGAACGUCUCUCUCCCUGUCACACGCGGAGAGGGAGCUGUGUGCUCUCUGCUCCUUCUCGCCGCGCGGGAUGUCUGCUGAUGCUGGGAGCCGGGUUGGUGACGUCAUAUUCCGGCUCCCAGCAUCAGCAGACAUCCCGCGCGGCGAGAGGGAGCAGAGAGCACACAGCUCCCUCUCCGCGUGUGAAAGGGAGAGAGCCGUCCUCACUGCAGCCCCACUGGACCCCAGGGAAAGGUAGGGAUGCUGGGUGGGUGGGAAAUGUUAAUUUUUUUAUAUUAUUAUUAAUUUGUAUAUAUGUAUGUCUGUUUGUGGAUGUGUGGAUGUGGAUGUCUGUUUGUGGAUGUGUGGAUGUCUGUUUGUGGAUGUCUGUGUAUGUGUGGAUGUCUGUGUAUGUGUGGAUGUCUGUUUGUGGAUGUGUGGAUGUGGAUGUCUGUUUGUGGAUGUGUGGAUGUCUGUUUGUGGAUAUGUGGAUGUCUGUUUGUGGAUAUGUGGAUGUCUGUUUGUGGAUGUGUGGAUGUCUGUUUGUGGAUGUCUGUUUGUGGAUGUGUGGAUGUCUGUGUAUGUCUGUGUAUGUGUGGAUGUCUGUGUAUGUGUGGAUGUCUGUUUUUGGAUGUGUGGAUGUCUGUUUGUGGAUGUCUAUUUGUGGAUGUCUGUUUGUGGAUGUGUGGAUGUCUGUGUAUGUGUGGAUGUCUGUUUGUGGAUGUGUGGAUGUCUGUUUGUGGGUUUGUGGAUGUGUGGAUGUCUGUUUGUGGAUGUCUGUUUGUGGAUGUGUGGAUGUCUGUUUGUGGGUUUGUGGAUGUGUGGAUGUCUGUUUGUGGGUUUGUGGAUGUGUGGAUGUCUGUUUGUGGGUUUGUGGAUGUGUGGAUGUCUGUUUGUGGGUUUGUGGAUGUGUGGAUGUCUGUUUGUGGGUUUGUGGAUGUGUGGAUGUCUGUUUGUGGAUGUGUGGAUGUGGAUGUCUGUUUGUGGAUGUGUGGAUGUGGAUGUCUGUUUGUGGAUGUGUGGAUGUCUGUUUGUGGAUGUCUGUUUGUGGAUGUGUGGAUGUCUGUUUGUGGAUGUCUGUUUGUGGAUGUGUGGAUGUCUGUUUGCGGAUGUGUGGAUGUCUGUUUGUGGAUGUCUGUUUGUGGAUGUCGGUUUGUGGAUGUCUGUUUGUGGAUGUCUGUUUGUGGAUAUCUGUUUGUGGGUUUGUGGAUGUGUGGAUGUCUGUGGAUGUGUGGAUGUCUGUUUGUGGAUGUCUGUUUGUGGAUGUCUGUUUGUGGAUGUCUGUUUGUGGAUGUGUGGAUGUCUGUUUGUGGAUGUCUGUUUGUGGAUGUGUGGAUGUCUGUUUGUGCAUGUCUGUUUGUGGAUGUCUGUUUGUGGAUGUGUGGAUGUCUGUUUGUGGAUGUCUGUUUGUGGAUGUCUGUUUGUGGAUGUGUGGAUGUCUGUUUGUGGAUUUCUGUUUGUGGAUGUCUGUGUGUGGAUGUCUGUUUGUGGAUGUCUGUUUGUGGAUGUCUGUGUGUGGAUGUCUGUGGAUGUCUGUUUGUGGAUGUCUGUGUGUGGAUGUCUGUGGAUGUCUGUGGAUGUCUGUUUGUGGAUGUCUGUUUGUGGAUGUCUGUUUGUGGAUGUCUGUGUGUGGAUAUCUGUGUGUGGAUGUCUGUAUGUCUGUUUGUGGAUGUCUGUGGAUGUGUGGAUGUCUGUUUGUGGGUUUGUGGAUGUGUGGAUGUCUGUUUGUGGAUGUGUGGAUGUCUGUUUGUGGAUGUGUGGAUGUCUAUUUGUGGAUGUCUAUUUGUGGAUGUCUGUUUGUGGAUGUGUGGAUGUCUGUGUAUGUGUGGAUGUCUGUGGAUGUCUGUUUGUGGAUGUCUGUUUGUGGAUGUCUGUUUGUGGAUGUCUGUUUGUGGAUGUCUGUUUGUGGAUGUGUGGAUGUGGAUAUGUGGAUGUGGAUGUGUGGAUGUCUGUUUGUGGAUGUGUGGAUGUCUGUUUGUGGAUGUCUGUUUGUGGAUGUGUGGAUGUCUGGAUGUCUGUCUGUCUGUCUGUGGAUGUCUGGAUGUGUGGAUGUCUGUCUGUGGAUGUCUGUCUGUGGAUGUCUGUUUGUCUCAGUGUGUGUAGGAGUGUAUUUAUGUCUGUUAGCGUUUGUACGUGUGUAUGUGAGUGUAUGUGCUUCUGUUAGUGUAUGCAUGUGUAUGUUUGCAAUUGCAUGUAUGUGCAUACGUUAUUGUAAGUUUCUGUCAAAUAAGUGAGAGUCUGUCAUUUAGUGUGUGUGUGACUAUUAGUGUGUGUCUCUCUGUCAAUGAAUGAGUGUGUGUCAGUGAAUGUGUGUGUCAAAUCAGUGAAGUUUGUGUGUUUGUCAUUGAAUGUGUGUGUUACUGUCAGUGUGUAUCUGCCAGUGUGGGUGUCUGUCAGAGAGUGUGCUUAAAUGGACACUAUAGGCACCCAGACUACUUCAGCUCCUUGAAGUGGUCUGGGUGCAGUGUCCCAGUCCCCUUAAACCUUCUCAGAAACUGCAAUAAUUACCUGAGGGGUAACUCCAAGUCUAGUGGCUGUCUAUCAGACAGCCACUAGAGGGACUUUCGGGUGGUUAGGUGACCAAAAGUCACCUAACUGAUGCUGGACGCCCUCACCCUGUGCAUGAGGACAUCCAGCAUCUGCUAAAUACCCAUAGGAUUUUAACCCCUCCAGUGUCGAGUGGGGGAGGGGAGGACAUGAGAGGAGGGGGGCACUAUAUGGAAUUAUAGUGCCAGGAAAACAACUUUGUUUUCCUGGCACUAUAGUAUUUCUUUAAAAGGAGCAGGAAAAGGUGGAGUCUAAAGAGGAAGGGGUGGGUUCUUAAUCAAGAAGCGGUGCACCCUUGACAUGAAGGAGUGGUAAAUUUAGAUUAGGGGGUGCUCUAUAGUCAUGUCUAGGGCAGCAUAAAAUUAAAAUACACCACUGUGUGAGUGUAUGUGUGUGUGUGCACGCGUGUGUAUGUGUGUGUGUAUAUAUAUAUAUAUAUGUGUGUUUAUAUAUAUAUAUAUACACACACAUACAUACAAGUGUUUUGGGUUUUUUUGGGGAGAGUUCCCACACUUUUUUCCCCAGGACUUGACCCCUGCAACGAAGCGAAAAUAAACAGAUACACAAAAUAACUACCCCGAGAGGGGAAACCACAGAGGACCCAGAGAGAAUCGCCGGAGUCUUUCAAGACUACUUCAGAACCCUGUACGACCACACCCCUGAAACACGACAACACCCAAUGUCAACCAAAACACUAAUAGACCAAUACCUAACCCAAAUUCCAUUACCUUCCCUAACCACGGAAGCGGCACAGGUUCUUGCCAGCCCCAUAACACCAGAAGAACUCGCAGGAAAGAUAAAAGCACUCAAACCCAACAAAAGUCCUGGCCCAGACGGGUUCACUGGGCUAUAUUAUAAGACAUUCGCCCCCAUCUUGAUCCCACACCUCUGCACACUAUACAACGCCAUACUACAGGGAGACCAACUACCGAAUGACAUGCUACAAGCGAAUGUAUGCCUCCUCCCCAAGCCCAACAAAACAAACCUCGAACCUGGACACUAUCGUCCAAUCUCACUCCUCAAUGUGGAUAUUAAAUUAUUCACCAAAACCCUCGCGGACCGACUAAGCCCCACAGGGCCGCCAUCAGAAAAUUUGGGGCCCAUGACAAAGCACAAGGUCUGGGCCCCCCCCCUCCUCGCGGGCCCGCCCACGCCCUACCUAGUCCGCUCACAAUGAUGCAGGACUGAAUGUGGUGUGUGUAUAGUGGAAGUGAAUUAGAAUGUGUGUAAUGGAUGUAGUGUUUGUGUGUAUUAGAUACUGUUUGUGCAAUGAAUGCAGAGUGUGUGGUGUAGCGGAUGCAGUGUGUAUAGUGAACGCAGAGUGUUUUUGAGUAGUGGAUGUAGUGUGUGUACAGUGAUGUAGUGUGUGUACAGUGAUGUAGUGUGUGUUUGUGUAGUGGAUGUAGUGUUUGUAUGUACUAGAUGAAAUGUGUUUAGUGGAUGCAGUGUCUGUAGUGUGUGUAUUAGACGCAGUGUCUGUGUAUAGUGAAUGCAGAGUGUUUCAAUUUGUGGUGGAUGUAGUGUGUACUGUGAAUACAGGAUGUUUGUGUAGUGGAUGCUGUGUGUACAGUUAAUGCAGAGUGUAUGUUAGUGUAGUGAAUGCAGAGUGUGUGUCAGUAUAGUGAAUCCAGAGUGUGUGCAUAGUUUAGUGAAUGCAGAGUGUGUUAGUGUGUAAUGAAUGCAGAGUGUGUCAGUGUAAUGAAUGUAGUGUGUGUGUUAGUGCAGUGAAUGCAGUGUGUGUAAAUUUGUAGUGAAUGCAGAGAGUGUGUAAAUUUGUAGUGAAUGCAGAGAGUGUGUAAAUUUGUAGUGAAUGCAGAGAGUGUGUUAGUAUGUAGCGGAUGCAGAGUGUGUGUGUUAGUGUAUGCAGUGUGUGUGUGUUAGUGUAUGCAGUGUGUGUGUUGUGUUAGUGUAUCCAGUGUUUGUGUUGUGUUAGUGUAUGCAGUGUGUGUGUUGUGUCAGUGUAUGCAGUGUGUGUUGUGUUAGUGAAUGCAGUGUGUGUGUUGUGUUAGUGUAUGCAGUGUGUGUGUUAGUGUAUGCAGUGUGUGUUGUGUUUGUGUGUUAAGUAUGUAUGCAGUGUGUGUGUUGUGUUAGUGUAUGGUGUGUGUUGUGUUAUGUAUGGUGUGUGUGUUGUGUUAGUGUAUGCAGUGUGUGUUGUGUUAGUGUAUGCAGAGUGUGUGUUGUGUUAGUGUAUGCAGAGUGUGUGUUGUGUUAGUGUAUGCAGUGUGUGUGUUGUGUUAGUGUAUGCAGUGUGUGUGUUGUGUUAGUGUAUGCAGUGUGUGUUGUGUUAGUGUAUGCAUUGUGUGUGUUGUGUUAGUGUAUGCAGUGUGUGUGUUGUUAGUGUAUGCAGUGUGUGUGUGUUGUGUUAGUGUAUGCAGUGUGUGUGUUGUGUUAGUGUAUGCAGUGUGUGUUGUGUUAGUGUAUGUAGUGUGUGUGUUGUGUUAGUGUAUGCAGUGUGUGUUGUGUUAGUGUAUGCAGUGUGUGUGUUGUGUUAGUGUAUGCAGUGUGUGUGUAAAUGUGUGAUCUGGGGGGGAGGGGGAGGAAGGGGCAUUUUAACAUUAAUUUUUAAUUAAUUUAAUUAAAUGUUUCUCCCCCCUCCCUGCUUACCUGUGUCCAUGGAGGGGGGAGAUUCCAUCCCUGGUGGUCCGGUGGGGGGCCCCCCGGCUCCCUGUUACCGCAGAGGGGGCCCAGGCAGCACACAGCUUCUCCUCUCUUCUCAUAACUCUCGCGAGACCCGGUUACCAUGGCAACGCUCCGCGGGUCUCGCGAGAGUUAUGAGAAGAGAGAAGAGAGGAGGAGAAGCUGUGUGCUGCCUGGCUGGGCCCCCUCUGCGGUAACAGGGAGCAGGGGUCCGCGGCUGCACACAUAGAUAGCGAUAUGCGCUAUCUAUGUGUGCAGAAAGGGAAAGUGGGGCCCAGGACUGCCAGAGCAGUCCGGGCCCCCCAGGGCCGCCGGGCCCGUGACAACUGUCACGGUUGUCACCCCCUGAUGGCGGCCCUGAAGCCCCAACCUACCCAAACUAAUACACCCAGACCAAGUGGGCUUCAUACCGUCACGACAGGCGAGCGAUAACACGAGACGAACAUACAACCUCAUUUGGACAGCCCACACGAGACGCAUCCCAACUCUCUUCCUAUCAUUGGACGCCGAAAAGGCAUUUGACAGACUGUUAUGGCCCUUCCUAUUCGCCACCCUAGAGAAAUUCGGACUCCCGCGAAGUUUUAUAAAUGCCCUACAGGUACUCUACACCACACCACAAGCACAUCUCCUCCUCCCUCUCACACACCCCCCGACCUUCACAAUCCAUAACGGUACACGCCAGGGGUGUCCACUUUCCCCAGUACUCUUCGCACUGUCCCUACAUACGUGUCGGCUUGGGAGAGGGACAUAGGUCCAGCGGCAGACCCAUCAGACUGGGUCGAUAUUUGGGAAGCCACAGCGACCAUCUCAAUAUGCGUUAACCAUAAAGAACAAGCUUACAAGACGCUCAUGAGGUGGUAUCUCACCCCCCUAAAACUCAAACAGAUGGGCAGGUCAGACAAUGACACAUGCUGGAAGGGCUGCGGACAGAAGGGAACGUACCUCCACAUGUGGUGGGAGUGUCCCCACACAGCGCAACUAUGGCACCAAACAGCUACCAUGGUAUCACAGGUCUUACAUACAAACAUCCCAAAUCGAAUCAAAAGACUUACUCCUCGGACCCAACAUAACCUCAUCAAUUUUAGAUACCCCCGCCUUUCUCCACCUACUUAGAUUUAAAUCUUCAAUAUUGUACGACAGAAUUGAGAGGCAGGGCGCUUAUAAUACGUCUCCUUAAUUUUAUGUCUCUUCAUUUUUUGCCACAUUUUAAGAAUAGACAUCAUUAGGUAGCCACAACUUGAUUCUUGAAUGGACCAAAAAAGUGUUAAUAUAUCCUCACAAUUAGUGUGUUGCUGUUCAACUGCAUACCACCUCUCCCGUUUGAAAUCGGCAUUUGUAAAAUUAUGCUGUGGAAAAGGAACCUCACUUUAUAGUACUGGUGGAUUAAUGGGAGAUGUCCUGCACCUUAUUAAGAGAUAGGUAUUUACUGGCCAUUCUAGUUUUUUUCUCCUGCAAAUUAAUUUUGAAAAAGAGUGUUUGAUCACUGUUAGCCAAUUGUUUGGGAUACACAAUGGAAUUAUUCUAAACCUAUAUCCAGUUUGGCAAAAUAUAUGAUUUUAUAAUAUUUAUUCUACCCCACCAUGACUAUUUUAGGGAUUCAAUUCCUUAAGUAAGUUGUUUGUUUGAGCAAUUAAUGGAAGAAAAUAAUUUUCAAUAAUUUUAUUGGGGUCCGAGCAGAUGCUAACCUAAAUAGCUAGAAAAAAUUGUUCUACCCAUUUGAAAUUAAAUUUCUCUUGUAUAGCUCUUUUUUACCUCAUCAGAAAUAUUACUGAUCAUAAUUGUAGACUUGUCUAGAUUCAAUUUGUACCCAGAAAUGUUCGAAAACUCCUCUAGCACUUUUAUGAGUGUUCAGGAUUCUGGAGAGUUAAAAUAAGGUCGUCUGCACACAAUUUAAUCUUGAUGUUUCCAUUUCAGGGAUUGUGGCGGCCACCCCAAGAGAAGAGAUGUCCUUUCCUCCUAGUAUGAGCAAUGCUGUAGUAUUCCCAAGCAGUAAUCCAAGCGAUACAAAGCAGGUAUAUCGGUUCCCUACAAUCACGAGACGAGGCUCUGUGUUGAGGGUGAAGCUGAACUGGUUUCACGGUAGCCACAACUCCCCAUGCAAAGGGUUUCUCAUUAGAUAUUCUGGGGCUUUUCACACUGGACCUGAGAGGGGACUUCAGUGAGAAGCACACACAUAAUUACAUUAGCUCUCAGGUCCAGGACAUGCAUAACUAAAAACACCACAAAACAUAUAGUUUACAAUUAGUAAGUCCUAUAUAAGUCGUAUAUCCCCGUAUAGCCUGGAUCUGAGCGCCCAUUAUAUCCGAAAAUGGCUCGGAUCUCACAAACGCAGCUGAAAUGCCACAGUGGUAUAGCUUAGACUGACUGCACCAAAGGCGCCUGCCCAAAAUAGUUCAAUAAAAUCAGGCUGUGCGGUCGGUCUCUUUUGGGAGUACAAAAUACAACAAUAUAUACAAAUAAACUGUUCGUGCGUAUGCUCACACAGUGUAUCUUGUUUGGGAGUAUGCUCCAAUCGAACGCAGCUUCUUUCAGACAAAUGGAAAAAAACAUAUGUGGAAGUGGAAGUCCCAGCGGUGUUUGCGCCAUUGAGUGUCCGAUAAUAGUUCCAUACACUCGACAACCAAACACUGCUGGGUGCGUUCACAAAACAAGAUGGCAGCCGCCUCGUGUUCGUCCAUACGAAUAGUGGCCACCCAGCCGAUCACUUAGAAUGUUGAAGUGAUUGCAGUUUGCAAAGGUGUUAGUGAGGUCAAGUAGGUUAACGAGUGGCACACAACUGUUCUGGGUGGUUUAUGUGUUCGGUACUUGUUCUGAAUAUGAACCAAAUAGGGCAACUGUUCGGUGAGGUCCGUAUACCGAUCCAGUCAAUGCAAUAUAUUAAUUCAGAAACAGGGGGAUCUGUUACAGGAAUUAUAGCCAGAAAACGUUAAAAGCGUCUAACAGGUCUCUUUUGAUAUUGUCUUUCAGAAGUUUAUAUUAUUAUUAUUAAAUCUAUCAGGGCCUAGUAGUUUUUUGUUUUUAGCUUAUCGAUGCCAAAUAAUAACUCUGCUUCUACAAAUGGUUUUUUUAAAGCAAGAAAUUGAUUAUUAGCGAGCUUAGGAAUUGAAAAGUGUAUUUUUUUUUAAAUUUCUGCUUCUAAGGGCUAGUUUGGAUUAUUAUAUAAUGUUUGGUACAAUUUCCUGAAAGCUGCCCCUAUAUUGUCUGGUCUCAACAAUACCUCUUUAUUAUCAAUGAUCUUAGGAAUAACUCUUUCUGCUUUUUCUUUUUUUACACGAUUGGACAUAAGUUUGUCUGCCUUAUUGCCCAUAGAGUACCAUCUCCUUUUUAAAAACGUUAGCGACUUAUUGGCCUUCAAAGGGAAACUAUAGUCACUAAAACAAUUACAGCUUAAUGCAUUGGUUCUGAUAAGUAUAAUCAUUCCCUGUUGGCAUUUUCAUGCAAACACUGUCUUUUCAGGAGGUGGAUCGGGGGCAGGGCCAGCACUGGUGUACCUGUGUGGUGCGGAAAAUAAGGUAAGGUGGGUAAGGUAAGGUGGGGAUAAGCCACCUAAAUGGUGGUUUUAACACUACAGGGUCAGGAAUACAUGUUUGAGUUCCUGACCCUAUAGCGUUCCUUUUAUAUCAGCUCAUUGUUGAUUAGUUUUUCAACUUCAGUUAUUUUUUUUUGGAAAACUAAUUUUUGGGGUGACUCUUUAUUCUGAGAGUAUAGAUCAUCUAAAUUAACAUAUAAAUCCACCAUACUAGUACAUUUUUCCUUGAUCUGAUUAUUUUCUUUCCUUUUGCAGUUAAAUUUACAAGAUAGCCCCGUAUGACACUUUUAAAUGCGCACCAUAUUAUAGGGGCAUAUGCGUCAUUAUUUCAAUUCUUCACAUAGUGAGAUCUGUGAUUUCUUUCAAAUUUUUAUCAUUUUUUUAGUAUCCAAUCGUUCCAUUUCCAGUCCGGUUUAUUUCUGUCAAAUUGGUCUUCUUUUUUUUUUUGCAGUGCAUAUGGGUAUAACAAACAUGCAUGUGGUACCCCAACGGCAUUCUACUUGCUUCUUCCGAAACAUUUGUGACAGUGGGGUAUGCUAUAACAGUACAAAAAAUUUUAUGGUUAAGUGUUUGAACAAGCUUAGCAUAAACGAUUCAGUACAGUUGAGUGUUUCAUUAUGUGUGUGUAGCAAGGGUGCGUUUCAAGGUUGUAACGUGUCAACAGGUUAGGUACAGACUGUGAAAUAGUGUCCUGCUCGGCAGUCCCCUAUUGUAGGUUUAAGCAUGACAUUAAGGUAGGUAACGUUUAAGAAACAGCACAGGGCUAGUACCCAAUCGUUCCAUUUCCAGUCCGGCUUAUUUCUGUCAAAUUGGUCUUUUAAGUCUAAAAUAACAGGGUUAUGAUCUGACCAGGAUGUGGCUGGGAUAAAUAUUUUUAAAAUUAAUUUAGCCAUUGUCCUAUAACCCAAAAUCAGAUCAAUUCUGGAGUAUAAAAAGAAGGAUUUAGAAAAACAGGAAAUGUCUCUCUCAUUAGAGUGAGAGAUAUGCCAAUAGUCUCUAGGAGGUCAGAUUGCUUUAUUAAUUCAGAAAACCUUGUUAUUCACAACAUUUCUAUUUCUUCAUGUUUUUCUCCAAAACUUUUUUUUAUCUAGUUCUACGUCAAGAAUACAAUUAAAGAUGCCCAUUGUUAAAAUAUGUCCCGAUUUAAUCCCGUCAAUUUUGUUAAAAUAUUAAUGAAUGGAAUUGGAGAUGAAUUUGGGGCAUAUAUUUACCAGUGCAAACCUGUUAUUAUUAAUUUCACACACUAAAAUAAUAAAUCGACCUUCAGUAUCUUGCUAAAUAAUUUUUAAAACAAUGUCUCUUACAAAGGCCACCCUUCUUUUUUGUAUUACUCAAAGCUGCACUAAUGGCAGUGGGAAAAAUCUUUGACUUAAACCCAAGUCUUUCUUUCUUCGUCCAACGUGUGACUAAAAGGACCCCAAUAUUAUUAUUUUCUUUUUCAUAAAAUUGAGUGUAGAGUACCAUGUGCGUUGUUGGUGGCUAGUCUAAUGCCGAAUUUAAAAUUAGGCGUGGAUUAUUUACUGAAGGUACUGAAAGAACUAGAAAACCCGCCACUUAAAUACAUAUAAACAACAGAAAAAAGCAACAAACAGAGCCCACAAUUGACAACAUAAAACAUGAUGAGACACAAUUUAAACAGGACUCAUUUCAGUUUUUUCUUUGUUGCCAUGGUUUGUAUUAUGAUUGUGCCAUUCUGUUAUAACCUACAGUUGAAUAUUAAUCUCAUAAGAAAUUAAAGAAAUGUGUUUUGCCUGCUCACUCAUGUUUUCUAUAAAAAUGGUCCAUAUAUUACCAGUUCUUCAAGGGUAUGCAAACUUUUGAACACAACUGUACGUUUAAGCAAACGGUAAACUGUUGUUAGCACGCUGUUUAGGAGAUGAAGCCCAAGAUGCAGAAAAGGUCUGGAGCAAACAGGAACACAGCACAAAAAAAAGGGUCAGAUAAAGAGUAGUCAGGAACACCAGAGGUGUUUUUUAAAAAAAACAAUAAAAUCUGUUAACAUUAAAGUUGCUGUUUAGUGGAUAGGUGAGUGCGCUGGAUCUUGUGUAUUGUAUUAUUUGGCCCCCAGCAGCACCCCCAUUUAUGCAUGUUAAGGUGAGUGCAGCCAACCCCCCUCUUGUUUUAUAUAUAUAUUUGGGAGUCUAGCCAACUCCUUGGUUUUGCACCCCUCCCUGUCACAGGUGCCUCAUCCCAGUGCCCUAUUUAGCCUUGUACUGCAGAGAGCCCCAGAUGGAAUUUCUUUCCCCAAGUAGGUUAAUCUCAUAAGAGCAGACAUUAGGCUGUUAGUGUAGGACCUGCCAAAGAUGUGGUACAUUGACGUUGUGGCAGGCUUAUGCAAUGUAUGAUCAUAUAAUGUAACUAAACCCCCAUUAUUUUUGCCUAGAUCAGGUGUUUUUAAAAAAACAAAUAAAAUCUUUCAACAUUGAAGUUGCUGUUUAGUGGAUAGGUGAGUGCGCUGGAUCUUGUGUAUUGUUUUAUGAUUGUGCCAUUCUGUUAUAACCUACAGUUGAAUAUUAAUCCCAUAAGAAAUUAAAGAAAUGUGUUUUGCCUGCUCACUCAUGUUUUCUUUAAAAAUGGUCCAUAUAUUACCAGUUCUCCAAGGGUAUGCAAACUUUUGAACACAACUGUACGUUUAAGCAAACGGUAAACUGUUGUUAGGACGCUGUUUAGGAGAUGAAUCCCAAGAUGCAGAAAAGGUCUGGAGCAAACAGGAACACAGCACAAAAAAAAGGGUCAGAUAAAGAGUAGUCAGGAACACCAGAGGUGUUUUUUUAAAAAAACAAUAAAAUCUGUUAACAUUAAAGUUGCUGUUUAGUGGAUAGGUGAGUGCGCUGGAUCUUGUGUAUUGUAUUAUUUGGCCCCCAGCAGCACCCCCAUUUAUGCAUGUUAAGGUGAGUGCAGCCAACCCCCUCUUGUUUUAUAUAUAUUUUGGAGUCUAGCCAACUCCUUGGUUUUGCACCAUCCCUGUCACAGGUGCCUCAUCCCAGGGCCCUAUUUAGCCUUGUACUGCAGAGAGCCCCAGAUGGAAUUUCUUUCCCCAAGUAGGUUAAUCUCAUAAGAGCAGAUAUUAGGCUGUUAGUGUAGGACCUGCCAAAGAUGGGGUACAUUGACGUUGUGGCAGGCUUAUGCAAUGUAUGAUCAUAUAAUGUAACUAAACCCCCAUUAUUUUUGCCUAGAUUAGGUGUUUUUAAAAAAAAACAAUAAAAUCUUUCAACAUUGAAGUUGCUGUUUAGUGGAUAGGUGAGUGCGCUGGAUCUUGUGUAUUGUAUUAUGAUUGUGCCAUUCUGUUAUAACCUACAGUUGAAUAUUAAUCCCAUAAGAAAUUAAAGAAAUGUGUUUUGCCUGCUCACUCAUGUUUUCUAUAAAAAUGGUCCAUAUAUUACCAGUUCUCCAAGGGUAUGCAAACUUUUGAACACAACUGUACGUUUAAGCAAACGGUAAACUGUUGUUAGGACGCUGUUUAGGAGAUGAAGCCCAAGAUGCAGAAAAGGUCUGGAGCAAACAGGAACAGAGCACAAAAAAAAAGGGUCAGAUAAAGAGUAGUCAGGAACACCAGAGGUGUUUUUUAAAAAAAACAAUAAAAUCUGUUAACAUUAAAGUUGCUGUUUAGUGGAUAGGUGAGUGCGCUGGAUCUUGUGUAUUGUAUUAUUUGGCCCCCAGCAGCACCCCCAUUUAUGCAUGUUAAGGUGAGUGCAGCCAACCCCCCUCUUGUUUUAUAUAUAUAUUUGGGAGUCUAGCCAACUCCUUGGUUUUGCACCCCUCCCUGUCACAGGUGCCUCAUCCCAGUGCCCUAUUUAGCCUUGUACUGCAGAGAGCCCCAGAUGGAAUUUCUUUCCCCAAGUAGGUUAAUCUCAUAAGAGCAGACAUUAGACUGUUAGUGUAGGACCUGCCAAAGAUGGGGUACAUUGACGUUGUGGCAGGCUUAUGCACUGUAUGAUCAUAUAAUGUAACUAAACCCCCAUUAUUUUUGCCUAGAUUAGGUGUUUUUAAAAAAAACAAUACAAUCUUUCAACAUUGAAGUUGCUGUUUAGUGGAUAGGUGAGUGCGCUGGAUCUUGUGUAUUGUUUUAUGAUUGUGCCAUUCUGUUAUAACCUACAGUUGAAUAUUAAUCCCAUAAGAAAUUAAAGAAAUGUGUUUUGCCUGCUCACUCAUGUUUUCUAUAAAAAUGGUCCAUAUAUUACCAGUUCUCCAAGGGUAUGCAAACUUUUGAACACAACUGUACGUUUAAGCAAACGGUAAACUGUUGUUAGGACGCUGUUUAGGAGAUGAAGCCCAAGAUGCAGAAAAGGUCUGGAGCAAACAGGAACACAGCACAAAAAAAAGGGUCAGAUAAAGAGUAGUCAGGAACACCAGAGGUCAGGACAGGCAGUCAUGGUCAGAGUCAAGCAGGAGUCGUAAUACCAGGAAGCAAAACAUGACAGGAACUGAAGGUAGUUAACAUGACAGGAGCACAGUAUAACAAAAAGUCAAGGGUUAGUGGAGUUUAAAUAAGGAGCGGAGGCAGGUCCACUUAUUGGAGGUCCACAUUGGAGGUUCACCCCCCUUCUCUGAUUUCCUUCCUCUGUCUCUUUAAGAGGCCAUGAUUUGGCGCUUCAUAGGAUUUCCCCCGAGGCUCCUCCUUCUGUGCAGUCACAUUCAGGAAGUGGCUUGUCUGGAGGAACACAUGCGGCAGGCGGCAUAUGAUUUGUAGAGAGUUUUACUUUCUUGUAACGUUGUCUGGGCAUGGAGAAAACUUUGUGACAAAUGUGUUACAAGAGCAGAAGCAUCAGUAACUGUGGUAUAUGUAGGCAAUCCCGAAAGUGAAGUUGGUUGGAAUUAGAAUCGUGGAUCCUGGAGUUGUAGACAAAUUCAGUGGUGGUGAGUAGAUCUUUCCAGUCGGACUGUAGGUGGAUAGUGUAGCAGUGAAGAUAGGUCUCCAAAGUCUGAUUUGUUCUCUAGGUUUGCCCAUUGGUGUGAGGAUGAAAGGCAGUUAAGAGAUCAUAUAUGUUCAGAGACUGACAGAAGGCCUUUCAGAAAUGGGAUGUAAAGUGAGCACCUCGGUCCGAGAGGAUAUAUUCAGGGACCAGCUUAAAAAUGUGGUCUAGGAAAAGAGGGGCAGUGUUUUUAGCAAUAGAUAGGCUUUUCACAGGGAUGAAAUGGGCCAUCUUGGUUAGUCAGUCUAUAAGCACCAUGAUUGUAUUGUGUCCAUAGGAAUUGGAUGUCUACAAUAAAGUCGACAGUUGCAUGACUCCAGGGACUGGAAAGUAUGGGUAACAGCUGUAAAAGAUCUGCUGUUUAGGUUGUCAUAGUCUUUGAUCUAGCACAUGUAAUACAGAAGCUUUCAUCAGUGUUGGCCACUAGAAAUGCUGUUGGAUGGCUUGUAGUGAUUUCCUCUGCACACCAUGGCUCGAUACAGGUGCAUCAUGAAAAUGUAGUACACUGAGACGGUGGGGUUCUGUCACAUAGAUCUUCCCAUGGGACAUAGAAAACCCUUCUGGUGAAAGAGGCACAUUGGAUGUAGUAGCUGUUGCUUGGAUAUCUUUCAAGACAUGUGCCAUGACACCCAAGAAGUGAUGUGGUGUGAAUAUUGUUUUUCCUCUUGUUUUCAGUAGCGAAUAUCCUAGAUAAAGCAUCUGCCUUCCGGUUUCUUGUCCCAUGCCAAUACAUGAUAUUGGACUUUGUGAACAUCACGGUGUAGAUGGUCCGCAGGUUGGCCCAGAGCUGGAUCAUAUUACUUGAGGGGACGGGUUCCCGUAUUUCAGUGGUCCCUAGGCUGCUGGAAGCAGGACUGGAUUUCCAUGGUCGGAGGCUGCAGUGUCUGCAAUUUCACCGGGAGUAGACAGGAAGUUACCCAGUGUGCCCAUUCUAGUGUGCGUCUGCUGAUGGAGGUGUGGAUGGGGGUGUCCCCUUCUUCUUGUGACGCAACUGCAGAGUAUAUGAAGGGUAUUUCCCUGCUUUUGUCGGCUCAAUGAACCGAAGCUAAGGAUUUAAAGGGUCGUCUUGGUCAAGCCUCAGUACAACUUUUAAUACACAAAAUUACUAAUAAACAUAAACACCUGAUUGACAAGUAGUUCUAUAUUUGCUUUACUUUCUCCUUUCUUUUUUUCCCUUCUUUCUUUCAUUUCUUCUUACAACUUCUCAAAAAGACCAAACCCUGCUAUCAAUUUAUAUAUAAAUGAGGAUAUGUAUAUCCUCAUAAUCGAGUUAUCACUCAAAAUAUCUUCAAGCUGUGUACCUUUAGUGAGGAAAGAAUCGGAACUGCGGUACUUAUUUAAAUUCACAAGUCUAGUCCAUCAAAGAAAUAGUUUAUACAUGCAUGUCUGUAUUAGUUCUCCCAAAAACUUUUUUAAAAAUCCCACAGAAACUGAUUCAGUCUUUAAAAACUCCUCUUACAGUCUUACUUCACUUUUCUUCUUUAGACUAAGAAGAUUUUUUGUGCCCAUUGUUUGAGCGUCUGAGGUUUAUGAAAAGUAUAUUUUUGGUUCUCAUAAGUUAAAUCUAUUUGUGUGGGGACGCCCCAUGCGUACUUUAUAUCCUGUUUUCUCAGUGUAGAAGUGCAGGAUUUCCUACUAAGUCUAGUCUGUGAAGACAGGUCCUGACGUCCUGGUAGAUUUUUAUUUGUUAGUAAGGCGAAUCCUUCAAAUCUUUAGUAGCAAUGGAAUGCAUGAAUUGCGACUUAAAACGAGUGAAGACAGAUAAUCACGCAUUUUGGGAAGUGAUUCGGAACGUUGCUAGGUUUCAGUACACUGUGUCAUCUUUCAGUACUAUUAACAUCACUGUUUAUAGAUAAACACAUAAUUUAAAGAGAUCUUUACAAUAGUCUUCUAGUUUAGGGGAUAUAAUGUUUUCAGGGUUACCUCUAAUUUUGAGGUGAUUUCCCUCUAUGGUACCUAUAUUCCGUGCUUUGAGGCGUCAUUAGCACCCGGCAACAUUUGAGCUAAAUGUAGCAUUCUUCUACGUCAUCAUGCAUCCUCCUCUCCCCCCAAAGUGACAUCGACACAAACAUAUUCUGUGUAGGAUAAUUCAGCCAAUCCUAACUUGCAAUGCCUAUUUUGACAGUUCCUCUUUGUUCAUCGGUGUCUCAAUCUGACAUUUUUUCUAUUGUCCUAAUAUUUAAGCAUCAAUUAUUUUUUCAUUGUAGUAUACAUCCCUGUAUGACGAUUAGAACUUAAACACUGUCUUUCAACUUCACUAUCACAACAAUUCACGUGUUUAAAAUAAAUUCAAAGUGCAUUUUAAAUUGUAGGCCAGAAAAAUUGGAAAGAUUCACAAUGUCAUCCAUGCUUGGAGUUCUGGGAUUGCAUAUGAUAUUCACUUUGAAUUACUGACAAUUUAUGCUGACAAAACAUAAUCAAGUAUAGUGAAUAUAUAGAAUAGCAUCCCAACAUGGGUGAUAGGGCUAUUACAUUCAGACAUGCCUGGAAUGUACAUUUAAGACUCUUAGUAUGAAUGUAAAUUAAUAAUUAAAGGUCAGUUAACGUUUAAAGAACACGGAUGUAUGUUGUACUGCUUCUUUCAGCUGUUCGGAGUCUCAGAAUAUCACUCUAAAUUAUAUGCAGCAACAAAGCUAUGUCAGAGACCUUUUUUUAUAUUGAGAUAAACGUUUGGGAAUAUUGUGGUUCCCCCCCAAUUUUUUUAAAUAGAAUAUUAAAAGAUAUAAAUAACAUGUAUGUGAAUAGGUUGAUCCAAAGAGAAAUAUGCUUGCCAUGAUAGAGUUAAGAUGGAUUUCCCCGUUUUUUAGUCAUCAGUAUACAAAGAUUUGUUUUAAAGGUUGACCUAAAUGGACUUGAGUCCUAGAUUAUUAUUAUUUUAUUAUUUAUAUAGCGCCAUCAGAUUCCGUAGCGCUGUUUACUAUGUAACUAAAGAAUUCCAAACAAUUCACACUUUGGUAAAUAACCAUAAUUCAAAAAAGUUUCAAAAUUUCAAAUUUAAGGUCAAAAUAGGUCAAAGUAGCAAACGAGAACCCCGAAAAUAGCUGGUGAUGAUUGGAGUUUUUAUAAUUUAGUUCAUGAAGUGAAAAAAAAGAUUUAAUUCUGUAAAGUUCUUAAUUUAGCAUACUGCUUCUAUAAUUAGAUGACAUUUCCUACCUAUGAUUUUUAACUAAGACAAAUAUGUUGGGUUUUUUUAAAAAUCCUUUACAAUACAAAUAAAGUACAGGCUGGGAAUGAUAAGAGUUGUUGACAAACCACAGAUGGAUGGCCAGUUGGCAAGUCCUAAAUAUUUAAGGAUUGUGAAAAUUGCGUACAAUCAGAUCUCUGACACGCCGACUUUUUCACACUCAGGUGUGACCCCAGUACCCUUCCAGUUUUGUUUUUUUUUAAAAAGAAAAAAAAGCAACAGGUGUUUUUUUAUUUUAUAAAAGAGAAAACACAUAAAAAUAUCUCCCAUUGUUAAACGAUUUCUAAUUCAAUGGCUAGCUUGUAGAAUUAUAUGACCACCAGUUAUGUAACAGAGUUAAAUUAAGUGAUAUCCAAUCUCUGAGCAGCUAAGAUUUCAGUCACUCCUUCACUUACGUAAUUUAACACUUGUCCCCACAAUUCUCAGGGGCCAAAUCCAUUGAUCUAUGUUGACUUCAAGCAUCUAAAAUAUCCCUGACUAAGAAAUUCACUUGUCAAGUGUCUAGUACACUGAUGUGUAUAAUAGAAUACAAUCUCAGGCUGUUACAAGCUGUAGUAGACAGAUUUAUGCCAAUUUAUAUGAAUGAAGAGCUAAAUAGAAAAGGAAAUGUACUUUAACUAUAGAGGCUAUUUACUAAGCCAGAAAUUGAACUUUUUUGAAAUUUAAGAUUUUAAUGAACGGAAUUAUCAAUGCAACAUAUAAAUGCACAGAUAGCGAGCAACGUAAUGCAAGUAGAAUGUGCGUAAGGUUGUAGAAAUUAGCCCCACGCUAAAAUUCACAAUUCUCUUGGAUGGUAGCAAUGGUUAUAGUAUUUAUUAUCCAAAACAUGUCGACAAAGUUACCUGUGCCCUAUCACAAAUUCCUAUAUACAUUAAAAUAACAGAUUCCUGGCAUCACUUGAAAUGGCCAUUAAAGUAUAAACUCACGUGAUAAUGUUGAGGCAAGCUUAUUAGGUGAGGUCUAGCAAUUCACUUUGCUGUCCCAGAACAUGUAGAGAGAUUCCAGGACUCUCUUCAACCAUGGGGGAAAAAAUGGAAAAAUUUGGAAAAAAAUGUAGGAAACAGAUAUUGUGUUCUGCUAUACCAGAAACAGAUCUGUUACUACAAAGUUUGCAAAAAUAUUUUUAGACUCGGAUAAAAAGCAAAAAUACUCUCCUAAAUCAGGGUAAAAUUUUUUACAUAAUAUUCUUUAAGGAAAAUUGUUCUAGUAGUCUUUAAUACCAAAUCAAAAAGUUUUGGUACUAUUCCAUAUUGGGGAAAAAUAAUCCCAGUACUUUUCAACACAUAGAGUCAAGUUUCCCAAUGCAUCUGGCAACAAUAAACACAAUUUGCAGUAUCUUAGGUAAUGGAAAAAAAUGUUCCAGUUCUCCAGUACACCUAGGGGAAAGGAUUAUACUCAAAUAUACCUGAACAGAAGAUUGCAGUAAACUUUAGUACUCAGGGGAAAAGAUUAAGUACUCCUUUUCUCAUGGGAAAAGAUCCCUGUACUCUCAUAUACAUUGGACAGGGAGGACUCUACAGAGGGAACAAAAAAACAGCAAUUCUCUAAUAAAAUAUUACACUAUUAAUAAACAUGUUUUCUAUUACUCUUCUAUGCUAGGGAAAGAUGGGUUGUGGUACAUUUCCAGAGGAGGAAAACAGAUACAUUAGAAUUAUAUACUGUUUAUAGUUACAUUAACAGGUGUGCUGGUUGCACAACCGGGGAUGGGUCCAUUCGAGACAGGCUUGAGGAUGCCGCUUGAGGAGGCUCAGCAAUGCCCAGCUCGUGUAAGUGUGAUUCCAGUUCCAUAAAGUUGCAUGCUCGGUAGGCACUGUCCUGAUAUUGAAAUGUAAGCAGUUCUGGUGUCCCUCAGCGGUAUGGUACUCCUUUGUUGUGGAACUGUAGCAAUAGUGGUCGCAGGGCCCUGCGCCAUUCAUUGGUGCCUCUGUGGAGGCCUGGGAAUAGCAUUAGUGUUGACCCCGCAAAUUGUAGGGGAGUUUUUCCUCUGGUGGCCGCCAUCAGGAAUGUUUUAUCAUGUAACGAUUGGAAGUGGUCUACGAGGUCUUCCUGAGCGGUCGUCGGUGUCGUCCUCGGCUUCGGCAAUCUGAACAGACCGUCCAGUCUUACAGCUUUAGCCUGUUUAGGUGGUAACAGUUCGUGGAACAGGUGUCGAACAAAGUGUGGCAAGUCUGUGAGGCCUACAGAAUCCAGGAUACCGCGUAUUUUUAUGUUUUAUCACCUCCUUUGAUCCUCAAAGGCCUCCAUCUUAUCGCUGGUGGCUAAUUGUUGUCGCUGUAUUACAUCCAGCUUGAGCUACAUGGCGGUAAUCCUGGAUUCUUGCAUGCUCAAGGUGGCCUCUAGUGAGGUGAUCCAAGAGGCGAUGCCUGCAAUUUCAAUUAAUACCUGUCAUGUCUGUCACUAUGUUAGCCCGGAGCUCUGCAAGCAUGCUCUGCAAGCAUGCUCUGCAGCUGGACAGAGGUGACUGGUUGUCCCUUUGUUGUUGAAGUUUGGGUUUAGUGGAUGGCUUGCACAUGGCCCCUUCUCACAGGUCAAUUGCCAAAUCCUCAGAGGAGGACAACCCGUCCUCGCUCAGCGCCAUUUUGUCCCAUGGAGGCCUCUGUGAACUCCGCAGCAGCUCUCCGAUAUCGUGGUAGGUAGGGACUUUGUCUGUCUUGUUUUUUUUUGUUCUCCCAGCCGUGAUGUUUCUCUGCGUCGUGAGAGGGCUAUUUCAGCUAGGUUUGUUCCCAAGUACCUCUCCAAAACCGCUGUUUUCCUUUCAUGCAGCAGAGAGCUAGAAGCAACACAUCUGCUUUGUUCGGCUGCUAGCUCCGUCCCCUCCCUGAUUUUCCAGCUUAUUAAUUCAAAUUAAAGUUUACUUUUUUCUUUUUUAAACAAUCUUUGUUUAUAGGAACCUUUCAGUUUGACUUAGUUGUCUAAUUUUGUAUUUUUGUAACACUACAGAAUCCCUUUAAGCAUGAAAUUGCAGGGUACUGAGGUGAGAAAAAAGGCAGGAGAAAUGGGCAGGACCUAUUUAAAGCGAAAGGGUAGCAAAGCAAAUCCCUUAGACAAGCAAGGCAGGAAUAGAAGUCAAAGAAAUAUGUAACAAAUAAAAAAAGAUAUAUUUAAUGGCAACUAUAAUAAGUUAAAAGGUAUUUUAAGUAAAAACCUGAAGGCAAUUUAAUUAGAAUAGAGUCUCCUGGAAGGCAAGCGGCAAAGAAAGAGGAAGUGGGUGGAGUUUCAGCAAUAAGUUACAGAUAUAUGCAUUCUGAUUGGUUGAUUCUGUUUUACACUUUAUACUGUUUCUUUGCUGAUGGAAUGUUUACAGUAAAGAAGGUUAAGCAAAUAUGAAGUCUCCUGUCUUUAAUCAAAUUUAGAUAAUUCGGUCACUAAAGCUACAAUAAUCCCUAAUUAUACAUUUUAGGUUAAAAUAAUUGCACUGGAAUAAUUCUUUAAAUUGGUUGUUUUUUUCACUUUGGCAUUGUUGACAAAGAAGUUGCAACACCAUAGUCAAUUCUUCAAAAGCACAUAAGAUUUCUCUUUAUUUUAACUAAUUCUGAAACUAAUUCUGAAAUAUUCUAGAAUUGAUUCAUGGGUUCGGAAAAUUACUGCUUUAAAUAUCACAGAGAAAUUAAUUUAAAAACAAAAUUUUUGUUUAUUAUUCUUUUUUCUACAAUCAAAAUCCUAGAUAGCCCAAAUUUCUUCUUGUAGGUAACUACACCAGCAAGCAUGGGUGAGGGGGAAAUGGCCUGUUCCAGAGAGGCUGCACAGUAUCUCCGGAAAUCUGAGAAAGAACAAUUGGAAGCCAAAAAAUUUGAUGCCAAGAACACCUGCUUCAUGGAUGACCAAAAAGAGCUGUACGUCAAAGGUAAAGGGUAAAUCUAAAAUUCUAGUAUUUAACAUACCAGCAGUUAAUUAUUAUGAAUUGUGACCUAAACUGAAAUAUGUCUCUUUUUCUUCUAAACUGUAACUGUAAAAGACAGUCAAAUUCACCCCCAAAAUCCCCCCUAAGUAUGACAAAAUUGAAGACAUGGCCAUGAUGACCCAUCUGAAUGAAGCCGCUGUAUUGUAUAACCUCAACGAACGUUAUGCAGCAUGGAUGAUCUACGUAAUUUGGACUCUUUCUCCAUAGUUUAGAAGUGUUUGACAGUAUUGAUCAUGCGUAGAAAUACCAAACAAUUUGAGUGAGAUUAGAUAGUGUGCACCCCCUACAUAAUCAAUGGAAGAGAAAUAACAAAACAAGAGUGACAUAGAUAUAUCACAACGAUACAACUUUACAUCAUCAUCAAACAUUUAAAUAAAUAAAAAUUCUAAUUUAUUUGCCAUUUGUUGUGUAUAGUUAAAUCCAGAAAUAGGCCUCAAAUUACUAAAGUAAACAUACUUGGUUCCCUUUAGGACAUAUUAAAGUGAUUUAUCAGCUUCAGAGUAAAAUAGUUACGGACGCCUGAUUGUGAAAAGAUGCCUAAUCUUUAGUAGUUCCCCUGAAAUAUACAUUGAUGCUAUUUGUUUUGUUGUCCGUUUAGACCUACUCUGGUCUUUUCUGCAUCACUGUGAACCCCUACAAGUGGCUCCCAGUGAUCAACCCUGAGGUGGUUGCUGGUUACAGAGGGAAGAAACGUAUGGAAGCCCCACCUCACAUCUUCUCCAUCUCUGAUAACGCUUAUCAGUUCAUGUUGACAGGUAAGUGGCCUUUUUCUCUUUGUAACAGACUUAUUUUCUCAACACAUAAUACUAUGAAUUUUAUUUAUUAAUCCCCAUCUCCUGUUUGCAGAUCGUGAAAAUCAGUCUGUCCUGAUUACGUAAGUAUUUAUUGUCAUUGUAUCUUUCAAGUUCUAGCUAUUUCUUCAGCAUUUCUAGACGCACUAUAUUUUAACCUUCUUUAUCCACAGUGGAGAAUCUGAGAAUUCCAGUAUUUUGCAACAAUUGCCGCUAUUGGAGACCAAGGCAAGAAAAAGGGCCCAGCUAACAGCUUGAAGGUAACACAGCUAUUGGGAUUACUAGUGCAUAGUUAAAGGAUCAAAAGGAUCAAAGCAUAUCUCAUGUGCUGUACAGUCCUCUCUAUCCAGUGGUAUAAUGCUAUUGAGAAACCACUUACUUGUUAGACUUGUAUUUAUAAUUAUAUAGUUUGUUAAGUUGAAAACAGAUUUAAAAAAAACCUCCACAUCUUCCAUACCAAAUACACUCAUUUGAUGAUGCAGAACAAGGGACAAAAUAUUUUCAACAUGUUUUUUAGUAGGCAUGUGCAUGGGGAAAAUUUUCGGUUCGGUUCGGUCAGAGGGCGUGCGGUUACCCUGCACCAGACCCUGCUAAUCCAUUCCACACUGUGACUCCUAACUUCUACAUCAGGCAUACUGGGUCCUGGUCGUCCGACUGCCGCCCAGACAGUGUCUGGGUCCGGUCACUGGACUGCGAAACUGCGAAUGGCUCGUUAAAUCUGUUAUGGUUCUUUUUAUCACUUCAACUGUUACUUGGAUAACUGUGGGAAUUCUAAAGAUAAUACAUGCCGGCGAGCGCUAGGGAACGGCUGCUCCGCUUUUGCACCCUGCUCCCUCUUAUGCUGUGCUGGUGCCUCGGUGCGACCAGCGCCUCUUCCUCCAAACUGUACACAUCACUCACAUGACCUUGAUUCCAUGUGGGGUCUAGGAGCUCAUCAUCCUCCACAUCAUCUUCCACCCACUCCUCAACCCUGCCCUCCUUGCCAGUAUGCACACUGCAGAAAGCCACAGCAGUUGGCACCUGUGUUUUUCCAGCAUGUAAAGUCUGCAAAGGACAUAUGGAAAUUGUUUUAGAAUUGUAUCCAGGCAACAGUUUUCCCUAUAAACUGACCUCUCAGUUUGACUUGUGAGGGUAUUGCCCCAGAAUUACAAUAUUGUUUAAGUACCUCUUAGCUAUUGAUAACUGGUUUGAAUAUAGCAGCUUGUUAUCUGGUAGUUUCUAGUGUAGAAAAUAUCAAUCUGUUUUCUAUCACUUAGAUCUGUUUAACAAUUGUUGUAGGCGUGAAACAAUAUUACAAUUGACCGAUGUAGUAAAUUUGAAUCAAAGUUCCAUUUGCAAAAAAAAAUCUUGCCCAUCUUCUGUGGGUUAUUGCAUUUUUAAGAUGUAGACUUAUUGUAUCACACUAGCCAUGCACAGGUAGAUUGUCUGGCACGUUGUUUUGGUGUUUGGUUUUUAACUUUGUAGUUGUGUCUUUACACAAUAUAGAAAUGUAUAUUAAUGAUUCUGUAUAUGAAGCGAUCACAGUAACACUUAUUUUUCACUUUUUUAAAAAAAAAAAUCAGGCUAAACAAAAAUUGGUAAUUAACAAUACGACAUCUGAAAAGCACAUGAAAAGAUGCUGUAUGAUUUUUUUUAAAAAGAACACACUACAUGAAGGUACUGUUUACUAGAAUGUGUAGUCAUGAAUGUAACCAGUAAAACUUUGUUUUUACAGCCACUGGUUGGCCCAUACAUAUUUUAAAACUUGUUUAAUUUUGUUAUAGCAUGACUUGUAGUCUUGCUUUUAACUUGUCUAUAAUAGAUGUUUUUGUAUGACACAGUGUGUUUUUUCAUUGAUUAUCGAAUUUUAAUGGUCUAAGAUAAUUAACAUGUCAACAGGCAAAUGUAACCCGAAUGAUUUGUCUCAGUCUUGCCUUCUAUACUACCUGCACCAUAGGCAACAUUUAUUUGUCUUUAGACUUUCUUGAGAAUCAGUAACUAGCCAGUGUUGCAUACAAACACCAGAUAUGCAGUGCACAGCCCAAAUGUACUAUUUAGCACCAAGAAAAUUAGAAUGUUUACAACUGCGCUGUAAGCUUCGAUUUGACUCUCAGAUAUGAAGAGCAGGCCCCAAAAUGUACUAUUUAGCAGAUUAGCAGCAAAACAAUUAGAAUGUUUACAACUGGACUGUAAGCACACUAUUAGACUCUUCGAUUUGACCCUCAGAUAUGAAGAGCAGGCCCCAAAAUGUACUAUUUAGCAGAUUAGCACCCAGAAAAUAGGAAUGUUUACAACUGCGCUGUAAGGGCACUAUUAGACGCUUCUAUUUGACUCUCAGAUAUGAAGAGCAGGCCCCAAAAUGUACUAUUUAGCAGAUUAGCAGCAAAACAUUUAGAAUGUUUACAACUGUGCUGUAAGCGCACUAUUAGACGCUUCUCUUUGACUCUCAGAUAUGAAGAGCAGGCCCCAAAAUGUACUGUUUAGCAGAUUAGCACCCAGAAAAUUGGAAUUUUUACAACUGCGCUGUAAGCGCACUAUUAGACGCUUCGAUUUGACUCUCAGAUAUGAAAAGUAGGCCCCAAAAUGUACUAUUUAGCAGAUUAGCACGCAAAACAAUUAGUAUGUUUACAACGCUGUAAGCGCACUAUUAGACGCUUUUAUUUGACUCUCAGAUAUGAAGAGCAGGCCCCAAAAUUUACUAUUUAGCAGAUUAGCAACAAAACAAUAUGUUUACAACUGCGCUGUAAGCGCACUAUUAGACGCUUCGAUUUGACUCUCAGAUAAGAGCAAGCCUGAGUAGCAGCAGAAUGUUUACAACCCAUUUGAAAUGUAUGAAGAGCUAAAAUGUACUAUUUAGCAGAUUAGCAGCAAAACAAUUAGAAUUUUUACAACUGCGCUGUAAGCGCACUAUUAGACGCUUCGAUUUGACUCUCAGAUAUGAAGAGCAAGCCCCAAAAAUGUACUAUUAGCAGAUAGCAGCAAAACAAUUAGUAUGUUUACAACUGAGCUGUAAGUAUUUAGACGCUUUUAUUUGACUCUCAGAUAUGAAGAGCAGGCCCCAAAAUGUACUAUUUAGCAGAUUAGCAGCAAAACAAUUAGAAUGUUUACAACUGCGCUGUAAGCGCACUAUUAGACGCUUCGAUUUGACUCUCAGAUAUGAAGAGCAAGCCCCAAAAUGUACUAUUUAGCAGAGUAGCAGCAAAACAAUUAGAAUGUUUACAACUGCGCUGUAAGCGCAGUAUUUGACGCUUCUAUUUGACUCUCAGAUAUGAAGAGCAGGCCCCAAAAUGUACUAUUUAGCAGAUUAGCAGCAAAACAUUUAGAAUGUUUACAACUGCGCUAUAAGCGCACUAUUAGACGCUUCUAUUUGACUCUCAGAUAUGAAGAGCAUGCCCAAAUUGUAAUACUUAGCAAAUUUGCACCCAAAAAAUAAGUAUGUUUACAACUGCGCUGUAAGCGCAGUAUUUGACGCUUCUAUUUGACUCUAAGAUUUGAAGUGCACCCCACUAAUGUACUAUUUAGCACCCAAAAAAAAUUGACUUUUUAAAACUCUGAUGUAACCGCGGUAUUUGACGCUUCUGUUUGACUCUCAGAUAUGAAGUGAACCCCACUAAUGUACUAGUUUGCAGAAUUCUUUCCUAAUCUGUCCCUAAAAGCGGCAGCAUCCUCUUCCUACACUAAUAAGAGCUCAUGUGCGUUCGGCGCUACGCGACUCCAGCUUAUAUAUAGAGGCUGGGUCACAUGCUGCACUGGCCAAUCACAGCCAUGCCAUUAGUAGGCAUGGCUGUGAUGGCUUCUAAGGGCACACAAGUCAAACGCUUGUUGAUUGGCUGCCCUUCAGCCUUUGAAAACGCGCCAUUAAAUCGCCGAACACCAAACUCCAACCCAAGUACAGUCAUACAGUGAUGUGUCCGUGUUCGGGUCUGGGGUCCAAAAAACGUAAUGUUCGGUACGAACCCAAACUUUACAGUCCAGGUUCGCUCAACUCUACUUAGACUCAUUUUAAACAACCUUCCUUGGUUAUAUAUAUUCUUUAACCAAAGACAGGUUGUUUCUACAUAUAUACAUACAUAUGUGUGUGUGUGUAUAUCAUUUAUCCACCUAAGCUGUAUGAAUAAUUAAUAUAUUCACCUAUGUAAAAAUCAAAUGACAUUAGUAGAAAUAUAUGAUGCCUUUUACCCCUAUACUAACCAAGGAUAUCGUUUACACAUUACUAUAGUAAUCAGAUAUUUUAGGGUACAUAUGAAAAUCAUGUAUGGUUUCAGUAUAUAUAAGCAAGUUCUAAUAUUUAUAUUUCAUUCUUGUUUAUUAAUUUGAAAGACGGAAUUCUCUGAGUUUUCUGUUAGACAUUAAACAUUGUUUCUGGCUGGCAAACACUCUGGGUUGCUUGUGAUGUUUAUGCACAAACAAUUGCGUUGUUUGCAUAUGCAUUUGAAGCUCUGUGAGUUUGAGUAUCUCAGACUGUAAAAAUCACUUGGGUCUAAAUCUCUACAAAUAUAUCUCGUGAAUGAAAACUGUGGAUAAGGAUUUCUCCUGUUUACUUCUCAGGGUCAUUAAACACAAGGCGAUUUUGUUCAGAAAAAAAGUUGAAGCAGCGUUAUGUAAUGUCCAUGCCAAUCUACCAGCAUCCAUAUUGUUUUCUGAAUAUUAAAAAUCAUACUGUUCCAAAUAGAACAAGAAUGUAUAAUGUUUUAUUUUUAGUAAUAUGCAACAUGUCUUUUUCUCUAGAAACACUUCUGGUCACAACCAACCCUUAUGACUAUCCUUCCAUCAGCCAGGGAGAGAUUGUUGUGAAGAGUAUUGAUGAUGAAGAGGAAUUAUUGGCCACUGAUGUAAGUUCUGAAGUUGUAGAGAAGAUCAGCAGAAUUCUAACUGUUUCUAAAUGCUGGUUUCAAUCUCAAACUGUCUUUCUACUCCUACAGAGUUCCAUUGAUGUCCUGGGUUUCAGUGGAGAAGAAACGAUUGGCAUCUACAAACUUACAGGAGCUCUCAUGCACCAUAGCAACAUGAAGUUCAAGCAAAAACAGAGAGAGGAGCAGGCCGAGCCUGAAGGCACUGAAGGUUUGUCUUCAGUAUUCAGUGAAAGAAUCUCAUACAACUGAUACUGAUAUUAUUUAGAAACCUUAUCUCUGCUUACAUUGAUAAAACUGGUGUCCAAUAUAUGCAUACAAUUAUUUGUAUUGUCAACUUGCAGUUGCUGAUAAAGUCACAUAUUUGUUGGGUUUAAACUUGUGCGUUGUUUGAUUACAAAUGAGUCAAAACUCCUGGUUAAAUUCCAUUCUGAAUAUAUAUUUAGGUAAUAAGAGUGUAUUUCACUGUCAGGAUGUUGUACACCUCAAGCCAUGACCAAUUUUCCACUCCCUCAGCUACCAUGAACAACCAUCUGAUCAUCAACAAGUACAGAACACUGGUGAGACCUCACUUGGAGUAUUGUACAGAGUACUGGAGACCGUAUCUUCAGAAGGAUAUUGAUACCUUAGAGAGGGUUCAGAGAAGGGCUACUAAACUGGUUCAUGGAUUGCGGGAUAAAACUUACCAGGAAAGGUUAAAGGAUCUUAACAUGUAUAGCUUGGAGGAAAGACGAGACAGGGGGGAUAUGAUAGAAACAUUUAAAUAUAUAAAGGGAAUCAACACAGUAAAGGAGGAGACUAUAUUUAAAAGAAGAAAAACUACCACAACAAGAGGACAUAGUCUUAAAUUAGAGGGACAAAGGUUUAAAAAUAAUAUCAGGAAGUAUUACUUUACUGAGAGGGUAGUGGAUGCAUGGAAUAGCCUUCCAGCUGAAGUGGUAGAGGUUAACACAGUAAAGGAGUUUAAGCAUGCGUGGGAUAGGCAUAAGGCUAUCCUAACUAUAAGAUAAGGCCAGGGACUAACGAAAGUAUUUAGAAAAUUGGGCAGACUAGAUGGGCCAAAUGGUUCUUAUCUGCCGUCACAUUCUAUGUUUCUAUGUUUCUAAGUUGAGAUGUAACAGUGUAUUGGAGGUUAUUAGAAUUUGCAGAAAAGGAUCUCCAAGCAGAAUCCUCUAUGGUGACAAUGGUAUUUCUCGUUGUAUACUUUAAGUUAACAAAAAGAGUAAUUGAAUAAAUAAUUGUUUUACACAUGUGCUAAAAAACAUUUUGAUUAAAUGCAACAUUUGCCUUCAAUUUUGUUUGUUUUUUAACGUUUAUUAAGUUACAAAGUGUUGAAUGCCAGCUCUAUUCCAGACGGGCAGUUUAUUAACAGCAAGAAGGCUUCUGAGAAACUUCUGGGCUCCAUUGAUGUUUAUCACACUCAGUAUAAAUUUGGCCACACCAAGGUAUGAAGAGACUGGAACAUUGCAGACCAACUUAUAUAUAUAUGUGUAUAUAUAUAUAUAUAUAUAUAUAUAUAUAUAUAUACAAUGACAUUUUAGAGAUUAUUAUAAUGGUUUUCUUUCCUUUGUAGGUGUUCUUCAAAGCUGGUCUUUUGGGUACCCUGGAAGAGAAGAGAGAUGAAAAGACGGCACAACUUAUUACUCGAACUCAAGCUCUUUGCAGAGAUUUCUUGAUGAGAACCGAGUUCAAGAAGAUGAUUGAGAGACGGUAUUGUUUAUGUAAUGAUCUCAAAAAAGUGUUAAUGAAGAACUUUCUCUUAGAAUAAAAAUGUAUCUUCUGAAAAUCUACUUCACAGGGAAGCAAUCUUCGUCAUCCAGUACAACCUCAGGUCAUUCAUGAAUUACAAACAGUGCUUUUGGAUCAAGAUCAAACCUCUCCUGAAGAGUGCUGAGACUGAGAAGGAGAUGGCAAACAUGAAGAAAGAGUUCAAGAAGAACAAGGAAGCAUUGGAAAAGUCAGAAGCCAAAAGGAAAGAACUGGAAGAGAAAAUGGUUGCCCUGCUUCAGGAGAAGACUGAUUUGCUCCUGCAAGUUCAGUCGGUAAGAAGAUACAAAUAUAAAUGGAGUACGUCUAGACAAAAGUUAAAUUCAAAUAUUUUAAAAUACAUUAUAUUUUCAAAACAGGAAGGUGAAAGGCUGAUGCAGAGGAAAGAUGUGAAGGCCUCAUCAAGAACAAAAUCUAACUGGAAUCUAAAAUCAAGGAGCUCACAGAGAGACUUGAAGAUGAACAGGAAAGCAAUUGCUGAACUUACUGCCAAGAAGACAAUGCUGGAGAAUGAAUGUUCUGAGCUGAAUAAAGAUAUUGAUGAUGAGCUUACACUGGCGAAUGUAGAAAAGGAAAAACAUGCUACUGAAAACAAGGUAUGACCGACUAAUGAAAGUAAUGUUCUUCCUUCUUAAUGCUUUAUAAGAUUAUGUCUCCUGAUUCUAAUUUUCUACUUUACAUUAGGUUAAAAACCUCACUGAGGAACUUGCAGUCCUUGAUGAGAAUGUGUCCAAAGUUAGCAAGAAAGCCCUUCAAGAUUCUCACCAGCAAACACUUGAUGACCUGCAGGCUGAAGAGGACAAAGUCAACACUUUAACAAAAGCCAAGACUAAGCUAGAACAGCAAAUAGAUGAUGUAAGUACAUGUGGAAAUGCUACUUCUUGCAUCAUUUUCUAAAACAUUGUCUCACUAUGUCCUUUUAACCAUUGUAAUACAACAUGAUUUUUAUCUCCAUAUAGCUUGAAGGAUCUCUAGAACAAGAAAAGAAACUCCAUCUUGAUCUGGAGAGAGCCAAGAGGAAGCUUGAGGGUGACCUAAAGCUUUCCCAGGGAACUGUCAUGGAUCUUGAAAAUGACAAGCAGCAAACUGAGGAAAAACUCAAGACGUUGGUCUUUUUCGUUUAUAAUUAUGCUUUUUUUUGUUUCAAGACAUAUUUGCCUAGAGCUGUUUCACUAAUUUCAUUUAAUUUACUAUUGUUAACAUACAGGAAGGAUUUUGAAAUUAGCCAACUUCAAUCGAAGAUAGAAGAUGAGCAGUCCCUGGGAUCUCAGUUGCAGAAGAAGAUCAAGGAACUUCAGGUAUGUUUGUCCAAGUCAGUUUCUUAGUGCUAUGAGCUACAUUGUAUUUUCCAUGAAUUUUUUUUGCUGUUCUAGGCUCGUAUUGAAGAACUUGAGGAGGAAAUUGAGGCAGAACAUGCAGCUGGUGCCAAGGUUGAGAAAAAGAGGGCUGAUAUCUCCAGAGAAGGUGAAGAGCUCAGUGAGAGACCUGAAGAGGCCGGAGGUGCUACCUCUCCUCAAAUUGAGCUGAACAAGAAGCAUGAAGCUGAGUUCCAUAAACUGAGACGUGACUUGGAGGAAGCUACCCUUCAGAAUGAAGCUACGUCCUCUGCCUUGCACAAGAAGCAUGCCGACAGUGUUGCUGAACUUGGGGAACAAAUUGAUAACCUACAAAGUGUUAAGCAGAAGCUAGAGAAAGAAAAGAAUGAGCUGAAAAUGGAGAUUGAUGUUCUUGCCAACAAUCUUGAAAAUAUCUCCAAAUCAAGUAAGUAAGUAGUAAAUAAGGAACACUUUUAUUUUUACUGAUCUAUAAUUGUGCAAGCUAUAAUAUUACAAAUUAUUCUUCUAGGCCAACCUUAA